UUACCCGUUGAUGUGCUUGGACGAGACAUCUCUUUGUUCACUGUUUAGUCUACGACUGACUGUUGGUCGUUAUUUCGGAAAAUGUCCGACGGCGGCGGGGGCGACGAUAGCUCCGGCACCAUGGAGGUGUCUACAGCCGUGCAAACGGUUGCUGAUGCCGCCGUGCUGCAGAAGCAUAUUCGUAAACUUGUCCCUUUGCUCCUGGAAGAUGGCGGCGAUGCUCCGGCCUCCUUGGAAACCGCCCUAGAAGAGAAAAGCUCCAUAGAGCAGAUGAGGAAGUUUCUCUCAGACCCCCAAAUUCACACCAUUCUGGUCGAGAGAAGCACUCUCAAAGGUCAGUCUGAUUCAAGUACUGUAACUAGUUAACUAACUAGCUAGUAAGUUUUCAAGAAAUUGCUAGCUAAUUGCUUUUUUAAAUGUUUUUUUUUAUUGCUAGCUAGCAGACUGCAUCUUCGUAGGCUACAUCUAGCUAGCCAGCUAACCGUUAGUUUGUCUGUCAAAUGAAAUGUACCUAUGCUGCUGCAGCAUCCGUCAGAGGAUUCCUCUCUCCCAAACGUUUACGUAACUAAGUUAAAGUUUGUCAUAAGAGGUACAAUCUUAUAGAAAAUACAAGGCAGUCUUGACUGCCAAAUCAGAUAACGUUUACAGUGGAUGUGGUUCCAUGAAUGGUUCUAGUGUUUUGCCCUCAACAAUAGGAUCAUGUGAAUAUCAGGCUCCUGUCUACCGGAACAGUUAGUCCUAGACCACUGUGCCAAAUAGAAAUAUCCCCUCGGUCACACUUGCACGGCCAUAUUUAUUUUAACUGCUAGGCGUGGCACACUUACUUAAGGAAAUUAGGUAGUUAUUUGUGCUGAUCAUAUGGUUAGCUGGCUACAGUGAUAAGUAGAAAUGUCCCCAUUCGAGUGAUGGACUUUUGAUUUAUUUCUGUAGGCUUGAUUGGAAUGCACAGACAAAGUGCACAUUAUAUGAAUGCUGCAAUGCAGAUGUUUAUCUCUAGCAGCAGUGACCUCAUCUUUCAGGGAGGGGAGCACAAAAUAUUUGAGUCAUCUCUGAAUGCACUGUCAUGCCCUCAGUAGGGUUGGGCGAUUUUACUGUUGCGUCAUCUAUCGACGAUGUUUGACAGCCAUCGUCGAUGGUGACGACAUCGUGAUGUCAUAAACGAUGUUUUAUCAUAUUUGAAAUUGACUGCACCUCUGAAGUCUGGCAGACCACAACAUAUGUGGUAGUUAGACUAUUAACAUAAUGCAAGAGAACAAUGUAGAUUAUAAAAAGAGUGGAGAGCACCAAAGCACAAAUGUCAGAUAGGGCCUAACGUUUUUUACCGCUUCUCUCCAAUGUCGGAUGAUCGUGGGCCUUUUGCAGCGGACACUGGCAUAUUGUUUUUAAAUAUUAAUUUCCCUUUUUCUCCUUAAUCGCCAUUCGAUUUGAAUGUGACUUGUUGGCCUAGGCAUAGCCCACUCUUUCAUGAUCAACCAUCAAAUGAAUCUACAGGCCCGUGUAGCUCAGUUGGUAGAGCAUGGCGCUUGCAACGCCAGGGUUGUGGGUACGUUUCCCACUGGGGGGGCCAGUAUAAAAAAAAUGUAUGCACUCACUAACUGUAAGUCGCUCUGGAUAAGAGCGUCUGCUAAAUGACUAAAAAUAAUAAAAUAAAAUAAAUAGGCCUAAUGGAGUUCCAUCUCAGAUGUUUGCGAAUAGCCUAAAUAAAAACAUGGUAAUAAUGAGAGAGAACAAACAGUUGCAAGAUGGACUAAUCUAAUUGGAAGUUUAAACAAACCUUACACGUUUCUGCUUUACUUUACCAAAGUGUAUGCAAAAUAAAUUGUGCCGUUGGAAAAUCCCUCCUUGCAAACCAAACGGCAAAUAAUAGGCUAUAGGCCUACACAUACUCCAAGUCGAUGUCACAUCAUCAGAAGGAAUUCCCCUCAACCACGACGACAUUAUUUCCCAUUGACCCCAAUUGUCAAAUGUUUGUUGAUUUUUUUUGUUAUACAGAAAUAACAAAGCAUGCCGAAAAGCUGCUGUGUUCAAUGUACAUGUAACCACGUCAAAAAAUAUAUAAACCUAUGGUUCACAAUACUCCCACGUAAGGAUUAUAAAAAGGGCGGCGCACAAUUGGCCCAGCGUCGUCCAGGGUAGGGGAGGGAAUGGCCGGCAGGGAUGUAGCUCAGUUGAUAGAGCAUGGCGUUUGCAACGCCAGGGUUGUGGGUUCGAUUCCCACGGGGGGCCAGUAUAAAAAAAAUAUGUAUUCACUAACUGUAAGUCGCUCUGGAUAAGAGCGUCUGCUAAAUGACUAAAAUGUAAAUGUAAGGAAAAAGAGCUUGCAAGAAGAGCCCUGUGCUGUGGCUUCAGGCUAUUAGGUGUGUUAGAGUAGGAGCUGUGGUCACCCGGUGUCCAAGUAGGCCACAUGUAGCUAUGUGUGUGGAAAACAUUUCACCACAGGUAAGACAUUUAACUUGUUUAGUAUAGUCUGUUUGUAACGCCAUUCACUACUUGUAGCUGUAUAGUCCGUUUGUGUUGUUCUUGGCUAGCUUUAAUGUUCCGGUCGGUAGCUAGCACUCACUCACGUGGCUGCUAGCACUGUCAUGAAAAUAGAUUUUCAUUACUUUUCAACGCUGUCUGCUCCCGAGCAUUCUCACUACUUAGAAAAAACUAAUCUUUAGACAUGCUGUACUUUUCUUAAAUGUAGUUUUGUUAACUGAAACAAAGCAGACAAGAACAUUUUGUUAGAAAAAUGUUGUUUUUGCUGUGAGCCAAUGGGGUAACCUAGAUAACCACAGGUUGUUUUCCCCACAGGUGGGCGGGGCCGCGACGUUCUAUCUAAAACCGACUAGGACUAUAGGCUACUGUCAAUAAAAGUUGCGGUAGGCUAAACGUUACUUUGACAAGUUAAACUUAUAAACUACACUGAACACAAAUAUACGCAAAUGUAACAAUGUCAUAGCUUUUACUGAGUUACAGUUCAUAUAAGGAAAUCAGUCAAUUUAAAUAAAUUCAUUAGGCUCUAAUCUAUGGAUGUCACAUGACUGUGAAUACAUACAGUGCAUUCGGAAAGUAUUCAGACCCCUUCCCUUUUUCCAAAUUUUGUUACGUUAAAAUGAAAAUAAAUAAACAAUUUGCUCAUUUUAAAACAUACUUUAUUUACAUAAGUAUUCAGGCCCUUUUGCUAUGAGACUCGAAAUUGAGCGACACAUCUCCUUCACAUAGGGUUGAUCAGGCUGUUGAUUGUAGCCUGUGGAAUGUUGUCCCACUCCUCUUCAGUGGCUGUUCGAAGUUGCUGGAGAUUGGUGGGAACUGGAACACUGUCGUACACGUCGAUCCAGAGCAUCCCAAACAUGCUCAAUGGUUGACGUGUCUGGUGAGUAUGCAGGCCAUGGAAGAAUUGGGACGUUUUCAGCUUCCAGGAAUUGUGUACAGAUUAGGGUUGACCCCAACAAUCGACUGGUCGAUUGUUUGGUGGAUAGGCUGGUGGUCGACCGAGAUUUCUUUAGUCAAUCAGUCACACAUUCUUUUGUUCAUGCUGCACAAGACACCUGUCUGAUUCGCGCCUGUUUGGCACACAUAAUGCUCACGCAGCACUUACUCCUAUACCCUCCUUUUCUCCAGUAGUUUACACAAUUUCACAUUACCAUGUAAUGCUGCGUUUACAUGGCACGAGGUAGACAAUAAACGGCAAACCGGAUAUCAUUGUUUUCAGUGAGAGCACGACGGUAGAUGCCGUUGAGGCUGGUGGUGAAUGCCGUCAGCUGCCACGGUAGACGUGAUUUGCCGCCAGAGUUCAAAUAUUUUAACUUUUGCCGUCUGCCGUAGCGUUGUUUUCUACCGGAUGUUGAUUUGCACUGUUUGUUUACUAAAAUCCCCAUCGCAACGCAUACCGUCGUGCUGGUGUGCGUUUGCCGUCUUUCUUUAGCUAUCUUGUCCUGGUAUGACGGUUUUUGCGUCCCUCGUCUAAACGCAGCAUAAGUCAAAUGUCUUCCACACAUCUGACUUCCCCUUAACCUCCUGAGCAACCCCCGUUUUCGAGUUUCUUUUUCAUGUCCUCCGCAUCCAUUUUGCUGUCGUGUUCAGAGUUUGUUAUAACCAAGUUAUUGAAGUGAUUUAUGAUAGGACCUAGAGCCUAUUUGGUCACGUGCAUGCGAUGCAUACGUUUCACAAAAGAAGAGAGCAAGGGUUGAGGGAAUAGGGAAUGUUUUUCCUAAACAAAUUAGGGAUUUUGGUAACAGAACUUUUCAGUCAGAGAAAGUAAGACACUAAAUGGCUGUAAUUACGUUACAGCUUCAGCAUGGACAGCGGGAUAAACACUUUGCUGUGAUGCCUGUUUGCUGCAGCAUAGAGGAGAGCGAGACAAUAUCACACAGGCAGUCGCUGUCAUUUUAAUUUGAUUUUACACAGCGUGGCCGUCGGGCUCCCUCUUGAAUCAUUUGUCUUACUUAUUUAAUCAAACAGUGUGUUUUAAAGCAUCAGACAAGCUCAGUGCGUAUAGCUGAUUUUAUUCAAACACCAUAGGGUUUGUCUAUACAUGGAAAAAUACACAUUUUGACCAAUCGAUUGGUCGAAAGAGCAGACGACUCUCACUUGUCGGACAGCCCUAGUAUGCCGGUUGCUUAGUAAUCAAACAGCCCAAUUCAUAUUCUUAGAGGAGGCGCUCCCACAAUGUUAUUUGUACCUCCUACAAGGUAAAGUAUUGGAUUCUUGACACACCACACUAAUCCCAUUUCACUACCGUUUGAAGCUUUUUUUAUUUAUUAUAUGAAAGAAAGCUUUGCUUUUAUACUUACAAGACUAUCACGCUUAAUUGAGCGAGCUGUUUUGUCUUGUAGUAAUGUGGUGCCUGCCUGUAUUUCCAUAAACCUUUAGCAUACAUGUCAUUGAGAAUUGUUUUUAUUUCAUAACAUUAUAUAUUUUUGGUCAGUAGGUGCCCAAAAUAACAACAGGUGUUGGACACAGUCAGGCUCUAUAGACCUCUAAGUGUCUUCAUUUCCGAUUUCUGUAAUUUCUGUACCUGUGUAAUAUUGACAUAAGCUCAGAAACACUUGUUUUGCAAACAUGGUCCUAUUUUAUCAAUAGCUGUGCUGAUCAAUCGGCAGUUCAUUGUCAAAUGAAAAUGUAGCUUAGUGUGUAUUUUUUGUAUUUCUUUUUGCAAUUAAGAUGGUGACGCUACAAUAAUACACGUUUACAAUAGGCCUAUAUAAAAAAAAUACAUACAGCAUAAUGAUGUAUACAUUAUUUUAAUAGCAGGGCACUGUAAAGUCCACUAUUCAUCUAAAGAGUAUUAAUUAGGCUGUUUUGAGGUUUGAAUCCUAAGCAACCUGCAUACACAUGGCUUGAAGAACAAUAGACCAACAGCUACUGCAGUAGGUCAAAGCUGUGUGCUGGAAAACCUUGGUAGAGCAUGGGUGGAGUAGGCAUUGUGGUGCUCAUGGGAAUUUCCUUUUUAGGCUUCAGACCAAUUCCUACUUCUCACUUGAAACAGUUUUUCCCCACAUGUUUUUUUCGCCGGAAGGGUAUUAUACAACAUUUCCACAUGCAAAAUGCCUUUCAAAAAUGUAAUUUGCGCUUCAAUUUUGUCCAGGGCCCAGUUUCCUAAAAGCAUCUUAAGGCUAAGUUAAUUGUUAGAACCUUCGUAGGCGCAUCUUUAAAUAUCAGCGCUGUUUCCCAAAACCAUUGUUACUAAAGUUGCACUUGAAAACACUUGCUAUUUACCGACUGCCUCAGACCACUCGUUAGAUGCUUUUAUUCCCUUCCACGUCACUUUGUACACAGAUCUCCACUAAACCUAGAAUCAAGAUGUUCAUCUGUUUCUCUGGACCGCUGAUAACUUCAGAAAGAAGUUGACUACAAUCCAAAGUUGCCAAUGUCUUUGCAAUGGUUAUAAACAAGCAAAGGGUCAAAAGAUGCUUCAAAUGAAAACCAAGAUGACUGCAUUAAAAGAUAAAUACAGUAGGCUACGUAGGCUUAUAUUGAAAUCAUAUUGACAUCAAUGUAAUUAUAUUUUGCAAAUUGUAGGCUGUCUGUCAUUUUUGCCUCAAUUUCAUGAUGUGUAGGCAUAACAACGUGCACAAUGAUGUGCCAAAUAUUCGAUUUAGUGCAUAGCCUUAGCAUUAGAAUAAGCCUCCUCAAUAUUUGCAGCCAUAGGUGAUAAUUACCUUUUUAGGGACUGAUCCGUCGUCAGUAUCUAAUGCUAAGGUAAGAUUUGAUUGGAGAACGCUGAUCCGAGAGUAGCGCUGCCUCUCUUUCGAUCCCAUCAGUAUCGACAGUGCUCUAAUGACGCGCUCAUUGAACGUUCUCUCUCAGGGGGAGUCCCCCCCACACUCUCCUCCAGUUUCUUACUUGUUGAUGGCUACUUCCCACUAAGGUGACCUAUGCCGACAUCUUAAAAAAAAAAAAAAAAAAAUACGUAAAAAUGUAUGCACACAUGACUGUAAGUCGCUUUGGAUAAAAGCGUCUGCUAAAUGGCAUAUUAUUAUAAAUAAAUAAAAAGUGGGUGCGGUCAGUACCGUCCUUGAUUUCAACGUCCACAGAAGGGACUCCCUAAAAACACGCCAAUUUGAUACAAGUUACUUUUCGUGGCAGGUUAGGAGAGCAUUUUUGCUAACCCUAACCCUUUUUCUAACCUUAACCUAAUUAUCUUAACCUGCACCGUUAAUUCUCUAAACCUGCAGCGUUAAUUCUCUAAACCUGCAGCGUUAAUUCUCUAAACCUGCAGCGUUAAUUCUCUAAACCUGCAACGUUGAUUCUCUAAACCUGCAGCGUUGAUUCUCUAAACCUGCAGCGUUGAUUCUCUAAACCUGCAGCGUUAAUUCUCUAAACCUGCAGCGUUAAUUCUCUAAACCUGCAGCGUUAAUUCUCUAAACCUGCAGCGUUAAUUCUCUUAACCUGCAGCGUUAAUUCUCUUAACCUGCAGCGUUAAUUCUCUUAACCUGCAGCGUUAAUUCUCUGAACCUGCUGCGUUAAUUCUCUGAACCUGCUGCGUUAAUUCUCUGAACCUGCUGCGUUAGUUCUCUUAACCUGCUGCGUAUGUUCUCUUGACCUGCUGCGUAUGUUCUCUUGACCUGCUGCGUUACUUCUCUAGACCUGCAGCGUUAAUUCUCUAGACCUGCAGCGUUAAUUCUCUAGACCUGCAGCGUUAAUUCUCUAGACCUGCAGCGUUAAUUCUCUAAACCUGCAGCGUUAAUUCUCUAAACCUGCAGCGUUAAUUCUCUUAACCUGCAGCGUUAAUUCUCUUAACCUGCUGCGUAUGUUCUCCAACCUGUUGCGUAUGUUCUCCAACCUGUUGCGUAUGUUCUCCAACAUGUUGCUAUGUCGAAGCGGCGUGUUUUUAGGGAUACUAUCCUACGGACGUUGAAUUUUUGUUCUGGUCCGGACCAAAUCUGAACCAAUCAUAGACGUCUGUUUAGUUCAGAUUUGGUCCGGACAGACCAUGUUUGGACCAAAUCUGAACCAAUCAUAGACAUCUGUUUCACAAGUUUGGACAGCACAGUAGUGUAGUAGUUCUCCAACCUCUCCAUGGGGACCCCAAGUAAAUUGACACUGUUGGUCAGCGCAAAUGUAGAUUAAAUGGGAUGAAGAACACUGCAUUGACGGGGUGUACUGAAUUAAUGCAUCAUGAGGUGUAAGGACUGGAAUUUGUUCUGGAUACUCACACAGCGACGUGUCUUCGGUCUCGUGUUUUCAUCUAGCUAGCUAGCUAGCUAGCAUGUGUACACUCACUGCAAUGCACAGCCGAUGCGUUACUUGAAUUGGCCGGGUUUAGAUUCAACAUAGCUAACUUUCUUAGCGAGACAAUUUUGUUUAUCAGCUACAGUUUGUGUUGUGAUAGGCUGCGGCUAGCUAGCAGUGUUUGUGCUGAAACUCACAUUUGGCUGCACACGUAGCUAUCUAGCCAGUUUGACUGUAUCACGCCAGAGUAGCUAGCUAGAUUAGCAAUGCCCAUUCCAUGCAUUAAGUUAGCAGUGUGGCAGUUUCCCAAUGUCGGGCGUUGACUAUGAACUUUACUUAGCUAGCUAGCUCUUCGUGUCGCCAAAUCUUGUGCUUUAGGUAAUGUAGCUUCCAUCCAUACACCCUUUUUUCCUUUGCUAAUGUGCUUUCACUGACUGGCAUUCUUCUUUUUUCUUUCCUCAGAGGAUGUUGGGGAUGAAGGAGAGGAAGAGAAGGAGUGCAUCGCUUACAACAUCAACAUUGACAUCCACUAUGGGCUCAAGUCCAACAGGCAAGAACUUUUAUGAUACAGGAAGCAAAUGGAAGUAUCAGGCAGACUUCCGCAACAACAAAGAGCGUGAAGUGAGAAGCUCGUCCUCCCCUCCAGAAGCGUGCGCUCUGUGCGCGUCGUCUUGCAAUCUGCGAUAUAUUUGGUUCACCCUGCCACUCGUGGUCAUGUCGCUGAGUCUGUUUUAAGCCCUGAGUCAUCCUUGACCGCAAGAUCAUCACGUGAUAUCCAUUUUGAGAUUGUGAUGGCAUAUGAUUUCCAUUUUAAGACAGUCCUAGGGAUAGUUAGACUGAUUAUUUCCCCAGUUAGAUAGGCCUGCCCUUCUUGUUACCUUUCUGUGUAUCAAACUGGGGUGGAACAGUUCCCAACAUUUAAUAAUACUACAUCAACUAUCCUAAAUCCCUAUUUAUUCAUAUGAGGAUUAUGACAUUUUCCAACUUUGUUUUUCAGUCUGGCUUUCAUCAAGAGGACUGCGGUGAUUGACGCUGACAAGCCCAUAUCGACCCAGGUGCGCGUGUUGACUCUGAGCGAGGAUUCUCCCUACGAGACCCUGCACUCUUUCAUCAGCAAUGCCGUUGCUCCUUUCUUCAAGUCCUACAUCCGUGAGUCUGGCAAGGCAGACAGGUAAACCAGGAACUAAGUUGACUAUCAUGAUAGUUUUGUAAAACUGUUAUUUGUUUUCAUAUAUAUAUUUUGCUCAUCUCGUUUAUACCCAGUGGGUUAAUAAUGCCUCCAUUUUGUCCUGGUCCAGGGAUGGUGACAAGAUGGCUCCCUCUGUGGAGAAGAAGAUUGCCGAGUUGGAGAUGGGCCUGCUACACCUGCAGCAGAACAUCGAGAUCCCCGAGAUCAGCCUUAUCAUCCACCCCAUCAUCCUCAACAUCGCCAAGGCGUGCUACGAGCGCGGUGAGAAGCCCAAGGUCACCGACUUCGGCGACAAGGUGGAGGACCCCACCUUCCUCAACCAGCUGCAGUCGGGGGUCAACCGUUGGAUCCGGGAAAUCCAGAAGGUGUGGGUCGAAAUAAUGACUUGCCUGAGAAAUUGGGUGACAGGUAGUGUUAGGUAGUAGGCCAUACCCAAGCAAAACGUUUUGCAAAAAAUAAAAUAAAAUAAAGGUGUUAAUAUUUAACACGUUAAGUUAGUACCUCCCCCGCUUCACUCCAUUUUGAAACGUUUCCCACCGACUGAACAUGACCUUGGCUUGUUGGUUGCAUUUGGCAUCUCUUACUGUGUUUUUUUGUGUGUCCUCUGGCUAGUUUGAGUGGUUGUUUUGAAUACUCUCCUCUUCCUGUCAGGUGACCAAGCUGGACCGUGACCCGGCCUCUGGGACGGCCCUGCAGGAGAUCAGUUUCUGGCUGAACCUGGAGCGCGCCCUGAACCGCAUCCAGGAGAAGAGGGAGAGCCCCGAGGUGCUGCUCACCCUGGACAUCCUGAAGCACGGCAAGCGCUUCCACGCCACCGUCAGCUUUGACACUGACACCGGUGAGUUGUGUUCGAUGGAACAAGCGCCAAACGUUUGUACCGGAUCUAAUACCUCUUUAUGGAUUGGAUAUUACAAGGAACCAUUUUUUAUUUGUUUUAUUUUUAGGACCCGUCACUCAAACCUCCGGUCAAUAUACAUUAUCCACUUUAUGGAUGACAUCACCACUUUAGAACCAUGUCGAUCCUAUUGUAUUCUAAUUCCUAAUUCUAUGUUUAGAACGUGCAAUAGUUUUAUUAGACUUAAUGACUUGAAUAUGUUUCCCCCCCAUCUAUUUCCCAGGUCUGAAGCAGGCAGUGGAGACGGUCAACGACUACAACCCCCUGAUGAAGGACUUCCCCCUGAACGACCUGCUGUCGGCCACUGAGCUGGAUAAGAUCCGCCAGGCGCUAGUGGCCAUCUUCACCCACCUGAGGAAGAUCCGUAACACCAAGUACCCCAUCCAGCGGGCCCUGCGGCUGGUGGAGGCCAUCUCCCGAGACCUCAGCUCCCAGCUCCUCAAAGUGCUGGGCACCAGGAAGCUCAUGCACGUGGCCUAUGAGGAGUUUGAGAAGGUGGGUCUACAGCGGCAGCUGCUACAAAUACUCCAUAGACGAGUUGGUUGUUUAGCAACAAAACCGAGGCGUGCGAAACUAUGGGGCAACACAGACGUGGUUGGCUUAGAUUGUUGACAACAUGUAAGCUAUAUUUUGUCUCCAAUUUUUAUUGAAAACAUAAAUACAUUCGCACAAUGACCACUUGUUGGCUCUCAUAUACAUCGUUACAGUUGUUGGUUAGUUAGCUAGCGAAUUUUAGCCAUAUUAGCAUUGACCUGAAAUUAGUCCAAACAUUUCAAAACAAGACAUGGUAUCAAUAACAAGAUGAAACGAGCCACUUACGAUUCCCCACAUGGCAAUUUCUUGUCAUUCUGUCUAGCAAUCUGGCCAUCCAGAAUCACAACAACACGCUGAGUUCUGCCCCAUGGAUGCGUACACAUCGUUUUUUGUGACGUUGUCAGCUAACCCAUUUCUAUACAUUCCUAUACUCUUCUUGUUUUAUUGACACAUGACUUAAUAACGUGUAGUUGAUAGUAACAUUUUAGCGAUACACAUUUCUAUCCCAUUGCAGGUGAUGGUGGCGUGCUUCGAGGUCUUCCAGACCUGGGAGGACGAGUACGAGAAGCUGCAGGUCCUGCUGAGAGACAUCGUGAAGAGGAAGAGGGAGGAAAACCUGAAGAUGGUGUGGCGCCUGAGCCCAGCCCACCGCAAGCUUCAGGCCCGCCUGGACCACAUGAGGCGCUUCCGCAGGCAGCACGAGCAGCUUAGGGCCGUCAUCGUUCGUGUACUCAGGCCUCAGGUAAGACCGAUGGCUAGAGCCCCCGAGGGUUGGUGUUAUGGGUCCAGAUUAAGUUUAUAGCAUACUUUUAAGUCCCCCCCCCCCAAUGACUUGCAGUUUUGGUCAAGAGAUUCCCUUGCUCAUUUCUAGGUCAUUGCUGAAAGGCUUUUCUUUCUCUCCCUAUGCCUUGUCAAGGUGUCUGCGGUGCCCCAGCACGCCCCAGGCGAGGCAGUGGAGCCCGCCGAGAUGAAGGUGGCGGAGGUGCUGUUCGACGCUGCAGACGCCAACGCCAUCGAGGAGGUGAACCUGGCCUACGAGAACGUGAAGGAGGUGGACGGCCUGGAUGUGUCCAAGGAGGGCAUGGAGGCCUGGGAGGCAGCCAUGAAGCGCUACGACGAGCGCAUCGACCGCGUGGAGACCCGCAUCACGGCCCGCCUCCGCGACCAGCUGGGCACGGCCAAGAACGCCAACGAGAUGUUCCGCAUCUUCUCGCGCUUCAACGCCCUGUUCGUGCGCCCCCACAUCCGCGGCGCCAUCCGCGAGUACCAGACGCAGCUCAUCCAGCGCGUCAAGGACGACAUCGAGUCGCUGCACGACAAGUUCAAGGUGCAGUACCCGCAGAGCCAGUCGUGCAAGAUGAGCCACGUGCGCGACCUGCCGCCUGUGUCGGGCUCCAUCAUCUGGGCCAAGCAGAUCGACCGGCAGCUGACCGCCUACAUGAAGCGCGUGGAAGACGUGCUGGGCAAAGGCUGGGAGAACCACGUGGAGGGCCUCAAGCUGAAGCAGGACGGCGACAGCUUCCGCGCCAAGCUCAACACCCAGGAGAUCUUCGACGAUUGGGCGCGCAAGGUGCAGCAGCGCAACCUGGGCGUGUCGGGCCGCAUCUUCACCAUCGAGACCAGCCGGGCCCGCGGUCGCACAGGAAACAUGCUGAAGCUCAAGGUCAACUUCCUGCCCGAGAUCAUCACGCUGUCUAAGGAGGUGCGCAACCUCAAGUGGCUGAGCUUCCGUGUGCCGCUUGCCAUCGUCAACAAGGCGCACCAGGCUAACCAGCUCUAUCCAUUCGCCAUCUCCCUGAUCGAGAGCGUGCGCACAUACGAGCGCACCUGCGAGAAGGUGGAGGAGCGCAUCUCCAUCUCACUGCUGGUGGCCGGCCUGAAGAAGGAGGUGCAGGCCCUGGUCACCGAGGGCAUUGCCCUGGUCUGGGAGUCCUACAAACUGGACCCUUACGUCCAGCGCCUGGCCGAGACCGUCUUCAACUUCCAGGAGAAGGUCAGUGUUUUGUAGAACCAUAAUGUUGGACCUCACCUCGCAAUUUUAAUUUUAAGCACGCAGUUGACAGUUGACUUGCAUUACGCACUUGAAGAUCUUAUGUUCACAUUCCGCCCUGGAUGUAUAAGAUUUGUGUGUGAGUGUCUCAAUCCCUUUGUUUUCCAGGUGGACGACCUCCUGCUCAUCGAGGAGAAGAUCGACCUUGAGGUGCGCUCUCUCGAGACCUGCAUGUACGAACACAAGACCUUCACAGAGAUCCUCAACCGCGUGCAGAAGGCCGUGGACGACCUCAACCUGCACUCCUACUCCAACCUGCCCAUCUGGGUCAACAAGCUGGACAUUGAGGUCUGUACAAAACCCUUACAACCCUCUCCUGUAUACCUUCUCUGUUGUGUCUCGAGGCUCUUACCCUGUGGCCAGCUGGUGACAUUCCUGAGCCAAUUGUUCCUAUUUAAACCGGCACUUCCCUCUGAGUCCACCAAUUACAAGUUGGCACUCUUUUUCAUGGUCCUUCGAGACGGAUAAUUGUCCUGGAACAGAACCAGUAGGGGCCAAAAAUACCAGCACCUUUACUGGUCCUUUUUUUUUUUAAAAGUGGUUUAUUGAAUCAAUUUUGUAUUAAUUAAUAUUUGUAAUUUCCCUGUGUGUAGAUUGAGAGGAUCCUCGGGGUGCGUCUGCAGGCUGGGCUCAGGGCCUGGACCCAGGUCCUCCGGGGACAGAUGGAGGACAAGGCUGACGUGGACAUGGACACAGAGGCUCCUCAAGUCAGCCACAAGCCUGGCGGGGAGCCCAAGAUCAAGGUAAGGGUCCAAGACUGCAGUAGGAGGAUUGAUUGAUAAGAAUAUAACUAAUAAAAUGUCUUCCCCAAAGGCACAAAUUGCAGUUUAUGAAACUUAUUUUGCUUUUUGUACUUGUGAAAGAACGUUGUGCACGAGCUGAGGAUCACCAACCAAGUGAUCUACCUGAACCCGCCCAUCGAAGACUGCCGCUACAAGCUCUACCAGGAGAUGUUUGCCUGGAAGAUGGUCAUCCUCUCUCUGCCCAGGAUCCAGAGCCAGAGAUACCAGGUCUGGAGGCCCUGCAGGGCACUUUUCUAUGUUUUCAUUACUACCACCAAGCUAGCUUCUUUAGCAAGUUCGUAUUGAAUUCAGUGAUAUCACCAAGCUAGCCUCUCUAGCAUGCUGGGUACAAGUACACGGGUGUUUUGGUGAGGUUGCUAUAGUUGUUGUAUUGAUAUUGCUGUCCUGGCCACUAGGUGGGCGUCCACUAUGAGCUGUCUGAGGAGGAGAAGUUCUACAGGAACGCCCUGACAAGAAUGCCAGACGGCCCGGCCGCCCUGGAGGAGGCUUACAACUCGGUCAAGGACAACGUCAACGAGGUGGAGCAGUACGUCAAGGUACGCUGGACCCCAAUCAAUCUGAUUUAUUUGACAGGGACAAUGCACAUCAAUUAACAUUUCUGUAAAUGUGCCAGAUUUAGCCAGCUAGCUAUUUGAAGAACCAAUAAAUGAUACUGGAUCUCUUUCUCAAUUGCCUUUCCUUGGUUCCUUGUGUCCUUGGUUCCUCCCCUUGUACCUUGUCCUCCAAUGUCUUUUGAACUCGAGUAAGCAAGUAACGAUUAUUGAGAUUCACUUCAGCUAUGGGUUCUAUCACUUACCCAUGUGUCUCUGUCUGUUGUAUAGGUGUGGCUGCAGUACCAGUGCCUGUGGGACAUGCAGGCGGAGAACAUCUACAACCGCCUGGGGGAGGAUUUGACCAAGUGGCAGGCCCUGUUGGUCCAGAUCCGCAAAGCCAGGGGGACCUUCGACAACGCCGAGACCAAGAAGGAGUUUGGGCCCGUGGUCAUCGACUAUGGCAAGGUAAAGAGAAUGACGAUUCAGCAGUAGAAUAGAGCAGCUUCUGCUGUUCUGUUCAGUUGUGCGCUCAUGAGAUGUAUUGAUGCCUAGAAAUGUGGUGAUGCAGAUUGGUUAUCUACUUUGUUUAACUCCAGGUCCAGUCCAAGGUGAACCUGAAGUAUGACUCCUGGCACAAAGAGGUUCUCAGCAGAUUCGGCCAGAUGCUGGGCAACAACAUGCAGGACUUCCACUCCCAGAUCUCCAAGGUAAGCCCUCUCUCUGUCUGCCAAGAGAAACUGCUUUCAUUGUAGUCUCUGGCAAUAUGUUCCAAUGUCAUAACUAGCAUAAAACUUAGAAUGCACGCCCGAUACAUUGCUUCAUUCUAAGUGGCAUGUUAGUGUGGACGUUGGAGCAGAGCAUUGGUCUCUAUCUGAUCUCAACUCCACUGUCUUCAUCAGUCCCGCCAAGAGCUGGAGCAGCACUCCGUGGACACCGCCAGCACUUCGGACGCUGUGACCUUCAUCACCUACGUCCAGACGCUCAAACGCAAGAUCAAGCAGUUUGAGAAGAACGUGGAUGUAAGUAAUGUCAAAACCGCUUUCAUAGGAUUCCUCACAGCUGUGACCUCAAAUCGUUGUCAUGGGUGAGAACUCGCACGCGCACGCAGUCAACGCUUCUGUUCUAUGAUGUACUAUUGAUUCCACUACCCACUUUCUAUUUUUAAAUACAGUCCAUUAUUACUGUGCAUACUACCUCUUCUAUUACUUCUACUACAUGUUAUUUUUUACUUGACUCUUUUUUUCAUUGUUAUUAUUGAUUAAUGUACUGCAUUGUUGAGGGAGCUAGCACAUAAGUAUUUCGCUGCCCGUUUUACCCUGCUGUAAACUGUAUGUGAUGAGUGCAUUUGAUUUGAAAAGAUGGAUGGAUUUUAAAUCCUGACUUCUUUCUUCACAGCUUUUCCGCAACGGUCAGCGGCUUCUCGAGAAGCAGCGCUUCCAGUUCCCGCCAUCAUGGCUGUACAUCGACAACAUCGAGGGCGAGUGGGGCGCCUUCAGUGACAUCAUGAAGCGCAAGGACACGGCCAUUCAGCAGCAGGUGGCCAACCUGCAGAUGAAGAUCGUCCAGGAAGACAAAGCCGUGGAGGGUCGCACCAUCGAUCUCCUCGCCGACUGGGAGAAGACCAAACCAGUGGCUGUAAGAGAAAAUAAUUUAAAGAUAUUUUUUUUUGUUGAAAAGAUUGUGAUGUAUAGGAUGAUUAUGUUUAAUUUGAUCUUUGCAUAAAUCUUUCGUAUGAGUUUUGCGCUUGGGAUUUUGGGGGAGGGUAUAGGCUGAUCCUAGGUCUGUUUUUCCAUAGGGGGGCCUGCGUCCAGAGGAGGCCCUCCAGUCUCUCACCAUCUAUGAGGGGAAGUUUGGCCGGCUGAAGGACGACAGGGAUAAGUGUUCCCGCGCCAAAGAGGCCCUGGAGCUGACCGACACCGGCCUGCUGAGCGGCAGUGAAGAAAGAGUUCAGGUAUGGUUAUCUGUUGUCUUUUUAAACUAAGAGGCGUUCACUUUUCAGCACUGUAUGGUAUCUGCAGCCAGCCGCUACUGCAUUUGGACUGUUCAUUUAGUCAGUGCAAGAGCAACUCGGCAUAUGGCGCGUCGUUGAAAUCCUUGCCACUUUGUGCCUGGAGUCUUGGCAUAUCUGUCGAUACGAACAUGUCACUUCCCAGCAAGAUGUUCUCAGAUGCUCCUCUGUGGUGCUAAAGUUUCUUUCUAUGUGCUGUAGGUGGCUCUGGAAGAGCUGCAGGACCUGAAGGGUGUAUGGUCAGAGCUGUCCAAGGUGUGGGAGCAGAUCAACCAGGCCAAGGAGCAGCCCUGGGUCUCUGUUCAACCACGCAAGGUAAGAUUUAACUCAUGAAUUUGUCUUUGUGUUCAAAGACACUAUGUGGACCAUGUCUUUUUAGGAAUGUGCAUGGACCAUGUCUGUUUUGGCCCGUCUAUUGGACCAAGUCUGUUUAGUCUAAUGUGUAUCUGUAUUUCCGAUUGUAGCUGCGUCAGAGUUUAGACGGCCUGCUGAACGAGCUGAAGAACUUCCCGGCUCGACUGAGGCAGUAUGCAUCCUACGAGCACGUCCAGAGGCUUCUCAAGAGUUACAUGAAGGUAAGACCCCAUAUCUCCCUCGGUACUAGUCGAAACUAGACAUUGGAUUAUUGCAACUGAAAAGUAGUUACUUGAGACAAAGGAUUGAACCAUGUCUGGUUGACAUUCCUCUUGGAUGGGAAAAGCUAGGGCAAGGACUGUACAUGUCAAUGUUGAAUAACAUCCUGAUCACGUCAACAAUAUGCCCAAACCAAGUUUCCUGUCCUAACAGUAAACUGUCCUUGUCUCGUCUCUCAGAUCAACAUGCUGGUGAUCGAGCUGAAGUCGGAGGCCCUGAAGGACCGCCACUGGAAGCAGCUGAUGAAGCGUCUACACGUGAACUGGGUGCUGUCGGAGUUGACCCUGGGUCAGAUCUGGGACGUGGACCUGCAGAAGAACGAGAUGGUGGUGAGAGACGUGCUGCUGGUGGCCCAGGGAGAGAUGGCCCUGGAGGAGUUCCUCAAACAGGUAACCACAACAUUCAACUUCACAAAUCUUUGUUCCCUGCAGCGCAAUUACAAAAGGAAAAAGGCUUUAAUAUCUGGGUAGUCAUUCAUGUCCUUAGAGAAAGUGCAAUAUUAGUGCACUUUUUGACCAUUGGCGAUCAAGUCUUUUCAUUCGUGUGUGACAGUAAGUGGCCAUACUGAUGAUUUCUUAUUUUUUCCAUUGUUCCGCGACAGAUCCGUGAGGUCUGGAAUGCCUAUGAGCUGGACCUGAUCAACUACCAGAACAAGUGCCGUCUGAUCCGCGGCUGGGACGACCUCUUCAACAAGGUCAAGGAGCACAUCAACAGCGUGUCGGCCAUGAAGCUGUCGCCUUACUACAAGGUAGGUGGAUGUUUAAAUUAAAAUGGGUUCUUACCAGAGAUGUACUCUUGAUCUUGUGGUCUUUACAUCACAUAAAUGCAGUCUUGAUCUCGUGACGGGAUCUGGUUUCUUAAGAGGUUAAGCCUGGAUCUCAAGGGGUCUGGACUGGUCUUGUUCUGGAUCUCGAGUUCCCGUCUUGACUCAGUCUCUGGUUCUUGCAGGAUAGUAUAAGAGCACAUAGUAUACACGGUAUAGUCCUAGUCUCCGUGAGGCAUAUUAAUGGUUCCUGCUGUGCCAUCAGGUGUUUGAGGAGGAUGCUAUGAGCUGGGAGGACAAGCUGAACCGGAUCAUGGCCCUGUUUGACGUGUGGAUCGACGUCCAGCGCCGCUGGGUCUACCUGGAGGGCAUCUUCACUGGCAGUGCUGACAUCAAACACCUGCUGCCUGUGGAGACCCAGAGGUUCUCGAGGUAAGAUCCGUAGUUCCCCCCUUGUCACCUAAGAUUGGGAAUAGGUCAAAGAACCUUGUCUAUGGUAAAGAGGACUUGGUAAAGCUCUUGGCAACCUUUUUACAAUUGGUAAGAUAACAUUACUCAACCUUUUCUUUCUCUCUCCCAUAUAGCAUCAGCACAGAGUUCCUGGCUCUGAUGAAGAAGGUGACCAAGUCUCCUCUGGUGAUGGACGUGCUGAACAUCCAGGGGGUGCAGAGGUCUCUGGAGAGGCUGGCCGACCUGCUGGGCAAGAUCCAGAAGGCCCUGGGAGAGUACCUGGAGAGGGAGAGGUCCUCGUUCCCCAGGUAAGACAUUAUCCAUGUCUCUAAUAGUGGCAUCUGCCAUAGGCCUGUCUCUCAUUUCCUGGGGUGGGACAUCCGUUUUUGGGAAAAUCCGGGACAUCCUAUAUCCGGUCUAAGGUGUAUGGGCUUUUCUCAAUAGAAAUGGUGCAAACCAAGAGCAAGUCCUGUUGUAGCGUACCUCCUUUGUUUGAAUUCGAAAAAAAGACUGCCGUAUCUAAAGCCUCGCACUUUGAGGUUAACCUUGGGUGGUCUGGCCUUGGUGGGCUAGCUCGAAUUGCGUUUCCACUGCCUCGAGAAUAUAGAAAUGAUGUGAUGUUGCUAGCUAGCCAAUGUGACUGUGCAGCUAGCAAGAUGUUGAAGAAAUAAUUUUAUUCACCCACCACGCUGUAGCUGAAGUUACCCUAUACUCCCGAUGCUAGCUAGCCAAAUGUUUAGCUUGCUAGCUAGCUAAACGGCUAUCGUCGUAGCUUAAUUCCUAACCUUGCUUGCCAUGGCCAGCUAGCCAAAGGUUUAGUUUGCUAGCUAGUUAAACAGUUAGCGUCAUCGCUAGCAUAACAAGCUAGCUAGCUUAAUUCAUAACCUUGCUUGCCAUGGCAUUGGCUACUAGCUAGCAGGCUAACCAAACACACCAGACAACAGGUUUGAUAGGAUGUAGCUAGCUAGCUAAAAUCCCUGAUAGCUCACUUUAGCUAGCAAGCUUGUUUCAACUCUGAUUUGCAAGCUAACAGUAGCUAGCUAGCAUUUGAGGGCUGACUGUUUCAUAAACGUUUGUGUAAUGCAAAAAUAAAUGAAGGAUCCACCUAUGUUGGUAAUUCGUGUCAUGUCUCUGACUACUGCUUGUCCUUGUGCUAGCUAACAACAACAAACCCAGACAAACUAAACGUGAAAGCAUCCAGCAGAGAUCAGCUUCUCAUUAACUGGCUAACGUUAGCCCCCAUUGAUGAAAUUAGUAAUUGCUGAUGACUGAUUCUACUCUGUAUGGUAACUUAGUCCUGUAGAGACAUUUUAGAGUGACUGAUGGUCAACACAUUCAGGAUACACAUAUUUAUUUAUGUUUGCCAGGUUCUACUUCGUUGGUGAUGAAGACUUACUGGAGAUCAUCGGGAACAGCAAGAACGUAGCCAAGCUGCAGAAGCACUUCAAGAAGAUGUUCGCCGGCGUCUCCAGCAUCCUGCUGAACGAGGAAAACACGGUGGUGCUGGGCAUCUCAUCCCGUGAGGGCGAGGAGAUCUUCUACAAGACCCCCGUGGACCUCCUCGAGCACCCCAAGAUCAACGACUGGCUGACCCUGGUGGAGAAGGAGAUGCGGGUCACGCUGGCCAAGCUGCUGGCCGAGUCGGUCACUGAGGUGGGCGCGUUCAACAAGGGCAACUCCAUCGAACUCGAUAAAUACAUCGACUGGAUCGACCGAUACCAGGUACGGAACGUCGCAGUGGGCUAUUGUUCAUCCAGUGGUUCUCAUUUUGUUUGUUUGGUCACCUACCAAAUGCCAUUUUUAAUUAUCAGGUUAAGUCGGCAAUGAUCAUGUUGUAGAGUCAGAAAUGGAGUCGGCAAUGGCACAACAGAAAUUGGCCACGACCCACUCCAUCAACCAAUCACAUUUUAUUUACAUAGCCCUUUUCUCAAAAAUAUUUGUCACAAAGUGGUAGUAAUCCGGCUGGUAGCGCCAAAUAAUAUACAUGAAAAAUUGUAGUCUGACCAGUAAUGCCCACAAAGAUCUUCGGACCACUUGAACGUGUUGAAACCCCCCCUCUCUCUCUCUCUCUCUCUCUCUCUCUCUCUCUCCCUCUACUAACUCCAGGCUCAGCUGGUAGUGCUGUCGGCUCAGAUCGACUGGUCUGAGAAAGUGGAUGCCGCUCUGACCACCAUCGCGGGUGGCGGGGACAUGUCGCCCAUGUCGAUCGUGCUGACCAAUGUGGAGGCCACCCUGAACGUGCUGGCCGACACCGUGCUUAUGGAGCAGCCUCCACUCCGCAGGAGGAAGCUGGAACAUCUGGUGAGUGGAAGAUGACACAUCUGCAGACAUUCUGACAAGUUGGUUUGGAGGAGUUAGUUUGGAAAAAUUGGGGUAGCUUUUUAGAAGAGCACUCUCCUAGUAGGAUUUCAAAUAUUAUUAUUAUUAUUAUUAUUAUUAUUGUAAAAGGAAAAGACUAUGGCAUCAAGCGUUUCUCUGUCAGUCCAGUCUAAUUCUAAGCACUUAGAAAUAUAGUCCACUAUCCAAACAGAUGAAAAGGUAAACGUUGUGCUCCUUCCCUAUAGAUCACUGAGCUGGUCCACCAGAGGGACGUCACCAGGCAACUGAUCAAGAACAAGGUCGACAACCCCAAGUCGUUUGAGUGGCUCAGCCAGAUGCGCUUCUACUUUGACCCCAAGCAGACGGACGUGCUGCAGCAGCUGUCCAUCCAGAUGGCUAACGCCAAGUUCAACUAUGGCUUUGAGUACCUAGGAGUCCAGGACAAGCUGGUCCAGACCCCCCUGACCGACCGCUGCUACCUGACCAUGACCCAGGCCCUGGAGGCCAGGUUCGGUGGAGCCCCCUUUGGUACGCUCGAAGAACUGCAUGCCACUCUCUAGACUCUACAUAGCCAACAAAGUAGACAGUUUAAAUUCUGAAAGGCAAACUGAGUUGCAACUUUAUAGCAUAUCCUCUGGUGAUUUUUAUUUCCAGGGCCCGCCGGAACCGGAAAGACAGAGUCUGUGAAGGCUCUGGGUCACCAGCUGGGACGCUUCGUCCUGGUCUUCAACUGUGACGAGACCUUCGACUUCCAGGUACGCUAAUACUGACUGAUACUUUACGCUAAAAGAGGCUGAUCUUUGGUUUAAUGUUAUUUUCAGAAUGAGAGAAGCCUCUUUGAGGAGACCUGUUUCUCUGUUGUCUGCAGGCGAUGGGUCGUAUCUUCGUGGGCUUGUGCCAGGUAGGUGCCUGGGGCUGCUUCGACGAGUUCAAUCGUCUGGAGGAGAGGAUGCUGUCGGCCGUCUCACAGCAGGUCCAGUUCAUCCAGGUGGCCCUGAGGGAGCACAGCAACCCCAACCGAGACCGCAGUACGUAUCUCCACAAACUCAUUGAAAGCUUCUUAGAAUUGCAUUUGAAAGUGCUUUUUAGUCCAUGAAAAUGUAUUGUCCGGGAGGGCCAUGUUAUAAAAAAACAUGAAAUGUUGAAUGACUGCUGACAAUAAUGCAUCGUUCAUUUCAAACCAAGCAUGUCUUCAUAUGGCGUUGCACUUAAGAAUGGAAGUUAAACAAUGUCACCGUUUCCCCUUUCCCCAGGCGCUCCCGUCACCUGCGAGCUGCUCAACAAGCAGGUGAAGGUGAGCCCCGACAUGGCCAUCUUCAUCACCAUGAACCCCGGCUACGCCGGCCGCUCCAACCUGCCCGACAAUCUGAAGAAGCUGUUCCGCUCCCUGGCCAUGACUAAGCCCGACCGCCAGCUCAUCGCCCAGGUCAUGCUCUACUCCCAGGGCUUCCGCACCGCAGAGAUCCUGGCCAAGAAGAUCGUGCCCUUCUUCAAGUACGUACUGUACUCAACCAGGCCAGGGCUUGAGGCUCGGGUGUUGGGGGGGGUUAAUAUAGCUUCUGCUGCAUAUUUCCAACAACAUUUGAGAGAUCAAAUAAUGGGGAAUCAUUCAUGCAUGCCAGCACCACAACCCCCCCAAAGCUUCACUCUAUUGGUCUAGUGUUCCUUCUCAUUGACUAAAAAUCUAUUUCUCUCUGCACCUGCAGGCUGUGCGACGAACAGCUGUCCUCCCAGAGUCACUACGACUUUGGCCUGCGAGCCCUCAAGAGCGUGCUGGUCAGCGCCGGCAACGUGAAGCGGGAGCGCAUCCAGAGGAUCAAGAAGGAUAAGCGUGAGCGCGGCGAGAACGUGGACGAGAACGAGAUCGCGGAGAACCUCCCGGAACAGGAGGUAAAGGAACUGAAGUAUCUGUGGCGGCAUUAGUUUCUCUCUCUUCAGUUUUCUGAAUUAUUAAAAAACAUGCUAAUCCUAUUGUCACAAUACUCUUCCUGCAGUAUGACCACCAACUAAUCCCAUGAGCCAUAUUUUUUACACUGGUUUAGGAGACCAUGCCACCCAAAGUAUAAAGAUUAAAAGGACUGCCAAUAUUGCAUGUAUGGCAUUGAUUUUCUGUUAUCUAGAAGGGAUGUCGCCUAACCUCUGUGUCCCUGUCUGUUCAGAUCCUGAUCCAGAGUGUGUGUGAGACCAUGGUGCCCAAGCUGGUGGCGGAAGACAUCCCCCUGCUGUUCAGCUUGCUGUCGGACGUCUUCCCCGGCGUGCAGUACAUGCGCGGCGAGAUGACUGCACUGCGUGAAGAGCUCCGCAAGGUCUGCGCCGAGAUGUUCCUCACCUAUGGAGACGGAGACGACGUGGGCAGCAUGUGGGUUGAGAAGGUACAUAAUGAAGCCCCCUUUUAUUCAUUCUGUAUGGUUUCACCCAGAAAUAUAGAUACAGAGUUUGGCAAAACCAUUCUUUAUCUUGAUGACAAUUAAAGUGUUACAUCUGUGACAGUAUCGCUGCUACUUUGAACUCUCACUGGAAUGUAAUUCCCUUGGAACCUUCGGUGGCGACCAUUUUUUUUAAAUGUCUGAAUUUGAAACCAAGUUUUGUCUGCGCUCCCAAGACGUCAGCUAAGUGUCAAGUCUGUAAUAUGAAAUCAUAUCAUUCCAGGUGCUCCAACUGUACCAGAUCACCCAGAUCAACCACGGCCUGAUGAUGGUGGGGCCCUCUGGCAGUGGCAAGACCAUGGCCUGGAGGGUGCUGCUCAAGGCCCUGGAGCGCCUGGAGGGAAUGGAGGGCGUGGCCCACAUCAUCGACCCCAAGGCCAUCAGCAAGGACCACCUGUACGGAACCCUGGACCCCAACACCCGCGAGUGGACCGAUGGGCUCUUCACGCACGUGCUCAGGAAGUACGUAUUAGUAGGCUUCAAUGUACUGUGUUGUUUGUUCAAGAUAUUCUAUGUAGUGUUAUAGUGUCUCGCGACACGACUGGUGUCCCACAGGGCUUUGUACUAAGCCCUCUUGUUCUCUCUGUGCACCAAGACACUUCAGUUCUGUCAUAUCCUCACAUGGUGUCUCUUGUCAUUGUCAGGCUGAUGACACUCAAUGUUUUCUCUUUUUGUAUAUACAAAUCCAGUCAAUUAAUUAAUCGAUUGUUUUGGGGGUUUUUUCAUCCCAGGAUCAUUGACAACGUGAGAGGCGAGUUGCAGAAACGGCAGUGGAUCAUCUUCGAUGGUGACGUGGACCCCGAGUGGGUAGAGAAUCUCAACUCUGUGCUGGACGACAACAAGUUGCUCACCCUGCCCAACGGGGAGCGUCUCAGCCUGCCACCAAACGUAUGUUGUGUCCCUCGAGCCACAUCCUUUUUAAUGACAAAAUCCAGUACCAUGACAUGCACAUCUGUAAUACCGUUGGUCAACCUAAAAAAUCUACAUUCGAAAUACACUUGCCCAUACUGAUUCAGUUUUAGUCCAGUUGGAGGCUUAAUUUGGGUCAUUAUCUUUAAGUCCAAAGAAGGCAGUGAUGCCGAAACGUUGGUGUUUUACUCAAUCAAUUACUGGGAGUUUAUAUACACUACCGUUCAAAAGUUUGGGGACACUUAGAAAUUGAGGACCUCUGAGGCGGUUUUUUUCUAACUAGACACUAAUGUAUUUGUCCUCUUGCUCAGUUGUGCACCGGGGCCUCCCACUCCUCUUUCUAUUCUGGUUAGAGCCAGUUUGCGCUGUUCUGUGAAGGGAGUAGCACACUGCGUUGUACGUGAUCUUCAGUUUAUUGGCAAUUUCUCGCAUGGAAUAGCCUUCCUUUCUCAGAACAAGAAUAGACUGACGAGUUUCAGAAGAAAGUUCUUUGUUUCUGGCCAUUUUGAGCCUGUAAUCGAACCCACAAUUGCUGAUGCUCCAGAUACUCAACUAGUCUCAAGAAGGCCAGUUUUAUUGCUUCUUUAAUCAGCACAACCGUUUUCAGCUGUGCUAACAUAAUUGCAAAAGGGUUUUCUAAUGAUCAAUCAGCCUUUUAAAAUGAUAAACUUGGAUUAGCAAACACAACAUGCCAUUGGAACACAGGACUGAUGGUUGCUGAUAAUGGGCCUCUGUACACCUAUGUAGAUAUUCCAUUAAAAAUCAGCCUUUUCCAGCUACAAUAGCCAUUUACAACAUGAACAAUGUCUACACUGUAUUUCUGAUCAAUUUGAUGUUAUUUUAAUGGACAAAAAAAUUGCUUUUCUUUCGAAAACAAGGACAUUUCUAAGUGACCCCAAACUUUUGAACGGUAGUGUAUAUACAGUUGAAGUCGGAAGUUUACAUACACUUAGGUUGGACUCAUUAAAACUCGUUUUUCAACCACUCCACACAUUUCUUGUUAACAAACUAUAGUUUUGGGAAGUCGGUUAGGACAUCUACUUUGUGCAUGACACAAGUAAUUUUUCCAACAAUUGUUUACAGACAGAUUAUUUCACUUAUAAUUCACUGUAUCACAAUUCAAGUGGGUCAGAAGUUUACAUACACUAAGUUGACUGUGCCUUUAAACAGCUUGGAAAAGUCCAGAAAAUGAUGUCAUGGUUUUAGAAGCUUCUGAUAGGCUAAUUGACAUCAUUUGAGUCAAUUGGAGGUGUACCUGUGGAUGUAUUUCAAGGCCUACCUCCAAACUCAGUGCCUCUUUGCUUGACAUCAUGGGAAAAUCAAAAUAAAUCAGCCAAGACCUCAGGAAAAAGAUUGUAGACCUCCACAAGUCUGGUUCAUCCUUGGGAGCAAUUUCCAAACGCCUGAAUGUACCACGUUCAUCUGUACAAACAAUAGUACGCAAGUAUAAACACCAUGGGACCACGCAGCCGUCAUACCGCUCUGGAAGGAGACGCGCUCUGUCUCCUAGAUAUGAAUGUACUUUGGUGCGAAAAGUGCAAAUCAAUCCCAGAACAACAGCAAAGGACCUUGUGAAGAUGCUGGAGGAAACAGGUACAGUAUCUAUAUCCACAGUAAAACAAGUCCUAUAUCGACAUAACCUGAAAGGCCGCUCAGCAAGGAAGAAGCCACUGCUCCAAAACCGCCAUAAAAAAGCCAGACUACGGUUUGCAACUGCACAUGGGGACAAAGAUCAUACUUUUUGGAGAAAUGUCCUCUGGUCUGAUGAAGCAAAAAUAGAACUGUUUGGCCAUAAUGACCAUCGUUAUGUUUGGAGGAAAAAGGGAGAUGCUUGUAAGCCGAAGAACACCAUCCCAACCGUGAAGCACGGGGAUGGCAGCAUCAUGCUGUGGGGGUGCUUUGCUGCAGGAGGGACUGGUGCACUUCACAAAAUAGAUGGCAUCAUGAGGAAGGAAUAUUAUUUGGAUAUAUUGAAGCAACGUCUCGACAUCAGUCAGGAUGUUAAAGCUUUAUCGCAAAUGGGUCUUCCAAAUGGACAUUGACCCCAAACAUUCUUCCAAAGUUGUGGCAAAAUGACUUAAGGACAACAAAGUCAAGUUAUUGGAGUGGCCAUCACAAAGCCCUGACCUCAAUCCUAUAGAAUAUUUGUGGGCAGAACUGAAAAAGCGUGUGCGAGCAAGGAGGCAGUUAAACAAUUUAAAGGCAAUGCUACCAAAUACUAAUUGAGUGUAUGUAAACUUCUGACCCACUGGGAAUGUGAUGAAAUAAAUAAAAGCUGAAAUAAAUCAUUCUCUCUACUAUUAUUCUGACAUUUCACAUUCUUAAAAUAAAGUGGUGAUCCUAACUGACCUAAGACAGGGAUUUAUUACUAGGAUUAAAUGUCAGGAAUUGUGAAAAACUGAGUUUAAAUGUAUUUGGCUAAGGUGUAUGUAAACUUCCGACUUCAACUGUGUGUAUAUAUAUAUAUAAUAGAGCGUGCAACUCUCUUUUAUUUAUUUUUAUAGCUUAAAGUUUAUUCGCCGUUAGUAAGCGCAUGCUUUUUAUUAGUCCAAAGGGGGCUACCAUUAAAACAAUUUACAUUUGGACCUGUGACAUCAGCAUUACUCUUCUUACUCCAUUUGUAAUUAUUAAGGAUCCCCGUUAGUUCAUGCGAAGGCAGCAGCUACUCUUCCUGAGGUCCAGCAGCAUAAGACAGUUACAUACAGUUUAAAAUACUACAUGACAUUACAUUUCAUAACACAUUCAGUGUGUUCCACCACCACAUAUCUACAAUACAACAUCCAUGUGCACGUGUGUGUAGAGUGCGUGUCUUAUCGUGUGUAUGUGUGUCUCUCCAUAAUGUGGUCUCUGUAGGUGCGCAUCAUGUUCGAGGUGCAGGAUCUGAAGUAUGCCACCCUGGCCACUGUGUCACGUUGCGGCAUGGUCUGGUUCAGCGAAGACGUGCUCAGCACUGACAUGAUCUUCAACCACUUCCUGGCGCGCCUGCGCAGCAUCCCAUUGGACGAGGGCGAGGAUGAGGCUUUCCGCAUGCACAAGGGCACCGAGGACGAGGGCGAGGAGACCGCCUCCCCCAUGCUGCAGGUUGGUACUGUAGUUACCCGGGGUCUUGUUCAGUAGGGCGCACCAUAACAAAACGUUUCACUCUUGUUGGAAAAUGUUUUCUCCCGACUGAACACAAACCUGCUCUCAGUUACGUUAGCAACACUCCACAUUGUCCUCUACAGAUCCAGAGGGACACGGCAGCCAUCUUGCAGCCCUACUUCACUUCCACUGGGCUGGUGAUCAAGACCCUGGAGCACGCCUCCAAGAUGGAGCACAUCAUGGAUUUCACGCGGCUGCGCUGCAUGGGUUCCCUGUUCUCCAUGCUUCACCAGGCCUGCCGCAACGUGGCGCUCUACAACAACAACCACUCCGACUUCCCCAUGCCCAACGACCAGCUGGAGCGCUACAUGCAGGUCAGUCAGCUGUGCCACAGCGCCUCCUGCUUGUGGGGAGACUAAAUGGAUACCCCCACGGGCUUGGUGCCAAUUCCAUUUCAAUUCACUUCAGUUUAGGAGAUGAAUUGAAAUUGCAGUUCAAGAAUCGAGUAGGUGGGAAAAAAGAUUCAAAUGUUUUUUUCAAUUCACUUGGUGGAUUGAUUUGAGUUGAAACUAUCCUGUCAGACUGGAGAUUUACCCCAGAGCAUGAAGAUCUGAUGAAUCCAGAGUACAUUGCACUGAGCAGCCAAGCUCCGGUCACACUAAGCGUAAUUACUAUUGAGUGGUUUUCAAGAAUCCGAACAAUAACACUACAUGGGUUUGUAACAAUGCUGCAAUAAUUGUACACUUGAUUUUUUGAAAAAAUAAUACAUGGGUUUUCUAAAUGUUAACCAUGUUUCUGCAUGGUGGUUCCACAGAGGUACCUGAUCUACGCCGUGCUGUGGUCCUUCUCAGGCGAUGGCCGGCUGAAGAUACGUGGCGAGCUGGGUGAAUAUAUCCGUCGCAUCACCACUGUGCCCCUGCCCUCGGCGCCCAACGUGCCCAUCAUUGACUACGAGGUAGGAAUGUGGAUCACCCAUUUUACUGUUUAAAUUAAACACUUUAUUUUAUGUAUUUGGUCUAAUCCUGUGGUAGAACUGGAGCCAGGGCAGAACAUUAACUUUUUGGGCACAUCUCAAUAUCUGGUCCAGGUGUGAAAAAUUUGAAUAAAUGUUUUCCUUUGGGUAAGUUGAGCCAAUGGCCAUGGGGUAAAUUGGCCCAAUGGUUGAGCCAAUGGCAAAUUGAGCCAGUGUUUUUUCUUCUUAGGCGUAAUGCAAGGCAUUUGAAACUGAAGCUGUGCUGUGCGAGUGAAUUAUUUCAGCGAGUGAGUGAAAAGCAGGGCAUAAAAUUAACUUUUUGGUCCACCAGGCACUGUGGCAGGUAGAUUUAUAAAUCUACAAGCCACUCAGAUUUUUUACCAGACACUACAAUUACACCAACAAAACACAAACGGAUGAGCAUGCUUUGUAAUGUUUCUAAAACAAAUGUAUUACUAGUAAGAAGUAAUGUGGUAUGUUGUUUAAUUUCAUUUUUUGUGACCUUAGUCUUUUAACCAAAAUAUCACAGAUGAGACAAAAAUGUUCACCUGCCCCUUUAAGGGCGGGAGGUUACCGUGGUAACGCAACUCAUGUUUGUGCCUGUGAGAUUGAGACUGACUAGUAGAAGUGUUGUCUUCUCUUCCCUAGCAGUUGAAACUUAAACACAGGAAAAACAACCUAGCUUAUGAACAAAACAAUGUAAAUAUCCAAGAAACACAAGGACAAAGUCUCACUUCAGUAGACUUUAUUUUCAAGUAAAUUAGCCCAACUUUUAUGCCUGUACGCAGCGCUUCUAAAAAUGAAUCUUUAACUCGGCUCUUCACGUGCGCACAGCCUCAAGCGAGGCAGUGUUGCAGCAUGAGGAUUCAUAGUUCUUUGACUUUGUGUGAUUUUUAAUUUACAAGCUAUGAAACAAAACGGCAGAAAUACUUUGAAGACUGCUACUGCAGCAUUUAUAUUACUAUAAAUGUGAUACAUACUUUACUAUUUUAUUGUACAAAUGCGAGUGAAAUACUUGCACUGUGGAGCCCUGACCUCCCGCCAAUGUGGCUGGUGAAAUAUAAUUUUUACCCGCCAAUGCCAAAAUCUACCCGCAGGUGGCGGGUGUUAAUUUUAGGUCCUGACGGGAGCCCUGAGUUUUUCCUGUUUUCCUGACCAUACGAGCUAACUAGGAAAACCUCUUGUCCCAGAAUUAUACUCCAACCCUCCUUGUUUUUCUUUCUUGCCCUCAGGUCACCAUUUCCGGAGAGUGGCAGUCGUGGCAGGGCAAGGUGCCCCAGAUCGAGGUGGAGACCCACAAGGUGGCUAGCCCGGACGUGGUGGUGCCCACCCUGGACACGGUGCGCCACGAGGCCCUUCUCUACACCUGGCUGGCUGAGCACAAGCCCCUGGUCCUCUGCGGCCCGCCCGGCUCGGGUAAAACCAUGACCCUGUUCAGCGCCCUCCGAGCUCUGCCUGACAUGGAGGUAAGUGUGGUCAGAAGGGAUGAGACUAGACCUGUAGUCUAAACUGACCAUGGUCUGAGUCAUGGGGUGUUUCUCAAAAUGCAUACUACCUUGCUCGGAGCACGCAAAUUAGAGCACGGGCGGGUCGGAGUACGAGUCCAAAUCAAAGUAUGCGAAAGAGAGCACGGAGUGCACUUAUCAAAUGCACACUCCGUUUGUACAUAUUUUGAAGCAUGCAUCGUUGCAAGCUUCAACGGAAGGUAUGCAAAGAAAUAUGACGCAACCACGUUUAAAAAAAAUGACGCAACAUUUCUUGAAAUCAAUGUAAUGUUUUAUGCGUUCUCCACACAAGAACAUACUCAAGAGAACGUCCUCGGAGCAUGAGAGUGUGGAGCACGGUAGUAUGCAUAUUGAGAAACAAUUUUUUUGUGCUGUAUUGGAACAAAAGACGGCACACCCUGCAGUUGUCCACCCUAGAGCUAGACUAAGACUUCCAAUGUCCACUUAGAAUGAAUACCCAAUAUAUUGCUAAUACCACAAUAAGUAUGCUAGUGUGGACAUUUGACCAGAGGCUAAAUCUUCAAGUGUGCCAUUGAGUCCCAUGUAGCUCAGUUGGUAGGUAGAGCAUGGCGCUUGCAACGCCAGGGUUGUGGGUUUGAUUCCCACGGGGGGCCAGUAUGAAAAUGUAUGCACUCACUAACUGUAAGUCGCUCUGGAUAAGAGCGUCUGCUAAAUGACUAAAAUGUAAAUGUGAAAUUUCAUUCAAAUUAAUAAUAGGUCUGCCUGCCUAAGUUCACCCUUUCACCUCUGCUCCCAGGUUGUGGGUCUGAACUUCUCCAGCGCCACCACCCCGGAGCUGCUGCUGAAGACCUUUGACCACUACUGCGAGUACCGCCGCACGCCCAACGGUGUGGUCCUGGCCCCCGUGCAGCUUGGCAAGUGGCUGGUGCUCUUCUGUGAUGAGAUCAACUUGCCCGACAUGGACAAGUAUGGCACCCAGAGAGUCAUCUCCUUCCUCAGACAGGUGAGGGGGGGGGGGGGGGGGGGGGGUCUCGGCGUGUAAACACACACACACACACACUGGCUGGCUGUGUCUCAAUAGGUUUAACAUGCUUCCUUCCUUGGUGCCCUUUCCUCCAUGAUCACCUAUCAGUGGUACUGAAGCAAAGGAGACAAGGAGACCAGGAAGGAUGCCAUUGAGAAUAGGCCAGUGUGUUCUGAAGUUAAACACGAAGGCAGGGGUAGACAACCCUGGUACUGGAUGGCCGCAGGCACUUCCAUGUUUUUUUUUAUUUAACCGACCUGGAAGACCAAGGUGUGUUGAAUUUAGGAAAUCACUGAACUGAUCAAUUAUCUCAGUUGGUCAUGUGUGGUGCCUAGUUGGAACAAAAUCCAACAGUACCACUCCAGGAACAGGGUUUCCUACCCCUGCACUAAGGCCUAUGUUAGGCACAGUACCACUCCAGGAACAGGGUUUCCUACCCCUGCACUAAGGCCUAUGUUAGGCACAGUACCACUCCAGGAACAGGGUUUCCUACCCCUGCACUAAGGCCUAUGUUAGGCUGAGGUCCCGCUGGAGCGUUAGCUCAUCCUCCCCUGGUGUUUCCUCCUGCAGAUGGUGGAGCACGGUGGCUUCUACCGCACCUCAGACCAGACCUGGGUCAAGCUGGAGAGGAUCCAGUUUGUGGGAGCCUGUAACCCCCCCACCGACCCCGGCAGGAAGCCCCUCACCCACAGGUACACUGUCAACAUGACCUGUGACCUUUCUGAGACGAUGUAGCUUUAUCCUGGGUCUUGUUCAGUAGUAGCGACUCGCAUGGUACACAGCGAAGGAGCGAUAUGACACACUGUAGAAAAAUGCUUUGAAACUGAAAAAAGGAAAGGAGCAUUUCGUAUUGGAAAAGGCCAAGUAGUCCCCUCCCCUUUUCAAUCACUUUUCUACCGCUUGGUGUCUAAUGAACUCGACCCCGGACUAGACUCACUGUGGUCGGUUUUGAAUGAUGAGGAAGUGUUGUGUGAUUUUGAAUUGUAGGUUCCUGCGCCACGUGCCAGUGGUGUACGUGGACUACCCUGGCCCCGCCUCCCUCACUCAGAUCUACGGGACCUUCAACCGGGCCAUGCUGCGUCUCAUCCCUUCGCUGCGUACCUUCGCCGAGCCCCUCACCGCCGCCAUGGUGGAGUUCUACACCAUGUCUCAGGUAAGGGCCUACGUACCAAACAUAGAUGGAUACAGGAGUAGAAGUAUUUACAGUUAUCUACAGUAGUGGUAUUUACAGUAUUAUCAACAGUAGUAGCAGUUGGUGUUAUCUACAGUAGUAGUAUUUACAGUAGUAGUAGUAUUUACAGUAGUAUCUGUAGUAGUAGUAGUAGUUGGUGUUAUUUACAGUAGUAGUAGUAUUUACAGUAGUAGUAGUAGUAGUGGUGGUAGUAGUAGUGGUGGUAGUAGUAGUAGUAUUUGCAGUAGUAUUUAAUAAUAAUAAUAAUAAUAUGCCAUUUAGCAGACGCUUUUAUCCAAAGCGACUUACAGUCAUGCGUGCAUACAUUUUUGUGUAUGGGUGGUCCCGGGGAUCGAACCCACUACCUUGGCGUUAUAAGCGCCGUGCUCUACCAGCUGAGCUACAGAGGACCACAUUUAGAGUAUUAUCACAUUUUGCCAUGUUAUUUUGAUAUCUGAGUGACUAACAAAAUCAAUGGAGGCCACCGGAGGUCAGGGGCCUAUGCCGCGUGCCCAGUCGGUAUUCCACCACGAUAGCUGGCUAGACUAACAUACUCAUUUAAAAAUGGUUAACUGUCAGUGACUGGUGUAACGAGAGAAACUGCUGAUGCAAAACCAAAUUUGCGUAUUCUACUAUUCUGACUCUAAACAGUAAGUUGAGACCCUGACUGAGUUCCUAAAUUUUUUUAUUUAUAUAUCUUUUUUUUUACUCUGACGUGUCGCGACACACCAUUAACAUGUCCGCAACCCACUUUGGGUCGUGACCCAUACUUUAAGGCUGAUCACUACAGUAGUAGUAGUAUUUACAGUAUUAUCUACAGUAGUAUUAUCUAAUGUAGUAUCUACAGUUAUCUACAGUAGUAGUAGUAGUAUUUAGUGGUAUUUAUGUCUAUGGUACCACAUCCUCACAAAUAUGCGUUGUAUAGGAGCCAUUCUCAAUGUCCGAUUUAUAGUGCUGAACACAAUGGUAGGGUAGGAUGUCGCCUGGUCCCAGAUCAGUUUAUGCCAUCUUGUCAAAACCUACGGUUGUCGGCAAAACGGCACAAACGGAUCUCGGACCAGGGUAGAUUGGAUGUGCUGUAAGCGAACUGACCUUUGACCUCAUGGAGCAUGUCCUUUUAUCCACUACAGGAACGCUUCACCCAAGACACCCAGCCCCACUACAUCUACUCUCCCCGUGAGAUGUCCCGCUGGGUGAGGGGCAUCUUCGAGGCCCUGCGGCCCCUGGAGACACUCCCUGUGGAGGGUCUCAUCCGCAUCUGGGCCCACGAGGCCCUGCGCCUCUUCCAGGACAGGUAUGUGUGUUCAGUACUUAGGGAAGUAGCCAGACUACCCCCCCCCUCCAAAGUAGCCUAGUAGAAUCUUUGGGGAAAAGAUUGUUUAGCAUUAUUAAUAGGGCUUGGAGUUUUCCCUUACCAGGUAAAACAGCAGAUGCUUGUUCCAGGCUAUAACCAAGGCCCUGAGUUUUCCUGAUUUUUGUGACCUGAUCGAUAAAAGUUAGAUGCAAAGAGAUCAAUGUUGUUCUCUAAGUCCUGACUGAGCUGCUAAACUAUUCUCUCCCAAACACAGGUUGGUGGAGGAUGAGGAGAGGCGCUGGACAGACGAAAACAUUGACAUGGUGGCCCUCAAGCACUUCCCCAACAUUGACCGUGAAAAGGCCCUUAACAGACCUAUCCUCUACAGCAACUGGCUCUCUAAGGUGAGAUUCCUGCCCAUAGACGCAAUAUAAUACUGUUCUGUUUAUACAGACGCAAUAUAAUACUGUUCUGUUUAUACAGACGCAAUAUAAUACUGUUCUGUUUAUACAGACGCAAUAUAAUACUGUUCUGUUUAUACAGACGCAAUAUAAUACUGUUCUGUUUAUACAGACGCAAUAUAAUACUGUUCUGUUUAUACAGACGCAAUAUAAUACUGUUCUGUUUAUACAGACGCAAUAUAAUACAGUUAUGUUUUAUAUAGAUUCAAUAUAAUACGUUUCUGUUUAUACAGACGCAAUAUAAAACAGUUAUGUUUUAUAUAGAUUCAAUAUAAUACGUUUCUGUUUAUACAGACGCAAUAUAAUACAGUUAUUUUUUAUAUAGAUUCAAUAUAAUACUGUUCUGUUUAUAUAGAUGCAAUAUAAUACUGUUCUGUUUAUACAGAUGCAAUAUAAUACGGUUAUUUUUAAUGAUAUGUAUCUGCAUAUGUUGCGGCGUCUCAUAACUACCAUAUAGACAUACCUACUAUGAAUGUAGCCAAGAAAUUGACAAUCAUGGCUUGUGUAUGUUGAAUGAAGCUGCUUUUUAGUUGGUGUGUUAAUGGUUGCCUGUCACCCUCCUCAGGAUUACAUCCCAGUGGAACAGGAGGAGCUGAGGGACUACGUCAAGGCCCGUCUGAGGGUCUUCUACGAGGAGGAGCUGGACGUGCCACUGGUGCUCUUCAACGAGGUUCUGGACCAUGUCCUCCGAAUCGACCGGUAAAUAAAUAAUACUUCUCUGCUUCACAUUGUGGGAUUUAGCACGUGGAUACACUUGAGGUUUUUGAUAUGACUCCUUACUUGACACUGUUAAAACGGACAAUUCAUGUCCUUUCCAGAAUCUUCCGACAACCCCAGGGUCAUCUCCUCCUGAUUGGAGUCAGUGGAGCAGGAAAGACUACCCUGUCACGCUUCGUGGCCUGGAUGAACGGUCUGAGUGUCUAUCAGAUCAAGGUUAGUAAAGAAAAGUCCACCGGUAAUGGCUAACUGUAAAUCUAACACUGUUCCUUUUGAAUUACCAUUUUAAAGCUAUCUUGAAUUGUCAUCCCGAGACAAUACAACAAAUAUUAUGAGUGGGAAAAGUAGUGUUUCCGAGUUUGCAGAAGUGUCUGUGUGGAAUCCAUCGGAUGUAAAUUGGAAUAAGUCAAUAUGUAUGUUGUAAUGAGUUCAGUGGUUGAAUGAGGUGCUGAAUGCAUUGUGAUGUCUCUGUUCAGGUCCAUAGGAGGUACACGGGCGACGACUUUGACGAGGACCUGCGGACGGUGCUGCGUCGCUCCGGCUGCAAGAACGAGAAGAUCGCCUUCAUCAUGGACGAGUCCAACGUGCUGGACUCUGGCUUCCUGGAGCGCAUGAACACCCUGCUGGCCAACGGAGAGGUAGAGACUGAGACCAACAACCCGGGCUGCACUUUAAUACUCAAAAGUAGAACCGUCUCCUUUCCUCCGUCUGCACUGACAUUGAAGAGACAGGAUGGGUUGAAGGCAAAAUCCGAGAUCCAUAUUGCUUUCACCUAUCCUGUGUCAGGUCAGAGCAGAUGGAGACGUGACAAGGAAAGGUAGUCACUUUAAACUAUUGAUAUAUCCCCUGUUGCCUCUUCCAUAGGUCCCUACCUAGAUACUGCUAUUGAGAAACUUGUUGGAUAAUGAUAUUGAGAUGCUUGUUGGUAGGAAACACCACACCCUCAAGUUCCUAUAUACACUACAUUACCAAAAGUAUGUGGACACCUGCUCGUCGAACAUCUCAUUCCAAGGGCAUUAAUAUGGAGUUGGUCCCCCCUUUGCUGCUAUAACAGCCUCCACUCUUCUGGGAAGGCUUUCCACUAGACGUUGGAACAUUGCUGCGGGGACUUGAUUCCAUUCAGCCAUAAGAGCAUUAGUGAGGUUGGGCACUGAUGUUGGACGAUUAGGCUUGGCUCGCAGUCGGCGUUCCAAUUCAUCCCAAAGGUGUUCGAUGGGGUUGAGGUCAGGGCUCUGUGCAGGCCAGUCAAGUUCUUCCACACCGAUCUCGACAAACCAUUUCUGUAUGGACCUCGCUUUGUGCACGGGGGCAUUGUCAUGCUGAAACAGGAAAGGGCCUUCCCCAAACUGUUGCCAGAAAGUUGGAAGCACAGAAUCGUCUAGAAUGUCAUUGAAUGCUGUAGUGUAAAGAUUUCCCUUUGAGUGCAUGUAAACUUCUGACCCACUGGGAAUGUGAUGAAAUAAAUAAAUCAUUCUCUCUACUAUCACUCUAACAUUUCACAUUCUUAAAAUAAAGUGGUGAUCCUAACUGACCUAAGACAGGGAUUUUUUACUAGGAUUAAAUGUCAGGAAUUGUGAAAAACUGAGUUUAAAUGUAUUUGGCUAAGGUGUAUGUAAACUUCCGACUUCAACUGUGUGUGUCCCUGCCCAGGUGCCAGGUCUGUUUGAGGGUGAUGAGUACGCUGCCCUGAUGACCCAGUGUAAGGAGGGCGCCCAGAAGGAAGGCAUGAUGCUGGACACCCACGAGGAGCUCUACAAGUGGUUUACUAGCCAGGUCAUCAGGAACCUGCACGUGGUCUUCACCAUGAACCCCUCGUCUGAGGGCCUGAAGGACCGCGCUGCCACCUCACCUGCCCUCUUCAACAGGUGGGGCCUCCUAUAGCCACACCUACAGUCAAGGCCUAAAAUUAACUUUUUGGUCCGCUAGCCACAGUGGCAGGUAGAUGGGGGGAAAAUCUACCAGCCACUCAGAUUUUUUACCAGACAUAAUAUUUUUGCGCCAUAAUUACAUCAACAAACACAAAAAAAAAACUGAUGAUCAUGCUUAAUGAUUCUAAAACCCAAAAUGUAUUAGUAAGAAGUAAUGUGAUAUAUUGCUCAAUUUCAUUCGAUUUUUUUUGUGACCCGAUUUUAUUUUAUUAACCAAAAUAUCAGAUGAGACAAAAUAUUCAGCUGCCCCUUUUAAGAGCUGGGGGUUACCGUGGUAACGGGGCCACUCGAGUCAUGUCUGUGUGUGAGAUUUGUGAUCUGACUAGGGCGUGGGUCUCUUCGCUAUCAGUUGAAGCAGCAGACUCAAACUAACGUUGAAAAACAACCGAGCUUGUGAACAAAACAAUGUAAAUAGCCAAGAAACACGAAGACAAAGUCUCACUUCAGUAGACUUUUCGUUUUAAGUAAAUUAGACCAACCUUUAUGUCUGUGCACAGCGCCUCCAGAAAUGAAUCUAUCAGGGACAGUGCACAAAACUCCCCAGCCAGGCAUUGUUGCUGUGCGAGGUGGGAUAUAGAUUUUUAUUUAUUUGUGCGAUUAGCAGCUAUGAAACAAAAAAAGCAGAAGUACUUUGAAAACGGCGACUGCAGCAUUUUUCCUGUUAUAAAUCACAGCUCACAGGUGCUCCUACUUGACUUUGUACUCUAUUUUAUCUGUAAAUGCCAAUGUUCUCCCUGUAGAGACCUGCAAAUUGACCACCCACCUACGUGGUUGGUGAAAUAGACAUUCUUACCCGCCUACACCUAAAUCUACCCGUGUGUGGCGGGUGUUAAUUUUAUUCCCUGCCUACAGUACAGUGGUGCUGGUCUUACCCUAGUAGCUGACUCUAAACGCACAAAAAUAUUUCCAUUGAACACAUUUACUCACUGUCGCUGGUCACUCAGUAGUGGCUGAUUCGGAACUCUUACAAAAUCAUUUUUGGUUGAAAUUGAUUAUUUUGGACCCAUUUUUGAAUAGACGACACACUGCACUCGAUCUCUGUCUUCUUCAGAUCUGCCAUGGUUGUAGCCUUUCGGCGCGGUAUCUGUGUUGCCCUCUCCGUAACGCUUUCUCUCUUCCCUUCCACAGGUGUGUGUUGAAUUGGUUUGGAGACUGGUCAACUGAGGCCCUCUACCAAGUGGGCAAAGAGUUCACCAUCAAACUGGACCUGGAGAAACCCAACUACAAGGUGCCUGACUACAUGCCCGUGGUGUACGACAAGCUGCCCCAGCCACCAUCUCACCGCGAGGCCAUCGUCAACGGCUGUGUGUUUGUCCACCAGACACUGCACCAGGUCAGACUCACGCUUUGGUCAUCAGACCUGGGUUCAAAUUGUAUUUGUUGUUUUUUUCCAAAACCUUAGCUGUACUUGAUUGAGCUCGCCUAGUGCAAUGGAACCAAUGGAAUAGUCCCAUAAGUGCAAAGACUGCCCCCCUGGCACUCCAGGCAGGCUCAAUCAAACGCUUAAAGUAUUUGAAAGAAUAUAAAUACCGGGCCUAUGCACUUGUGGAGAUCUGAGAGGAUUUGAUUGGUAUAAGCAAUAUGGUGAAACUUCCACCUAUCCUAUCAGAGGGCAAGGUGGAGCUUUUACCAGAUUGAUUGCACCUGUCAAUUCCUCUCAGAUCUCCACAAGUGUGCUUAGAGGACGAUUUGGGAUUGGGACAACAUUUUUAAACCAGGUCUGUCGAUCAUACGACGGUAAAAUGGUACUCGCGUUUGCUUGCGAUGGCGUUCUUCCUCCUCAGGCUAACAGCCGGCUGUCCAAGCGCGGUGGACGCACCAUGGCCAUCACCCCGCGCCACUACCUGGACUUCAUCAACCACUACGCCGACCUGUUCAACGAGAAGCGCAGUGAGCUGGAGGAGCAGCAGAUGCAUCUCAACGUGGGCCUGAGGAAAAUCAAGGAGACCGUGGACCAGGUGACGCUUCCUUCCACAGUAGUCUUUCCUGACAAACAAAAAACUUAAGACGUGGAUAGAGCUAGCUAGCUAGCUUGCUUGCAGAUACACAAUUUGGUUCAGUGUUUCAAGAUGAUGGUAGAUUAUUGUCCGUUCCAGGUGUUUGAUACCACAGUCUGGAUCUUUAUCUUCACCCAUAGGUGGAGGAACUGCGUCACGACCUGAGGAUCAAGAGCCAGGAGCUGGAAGGUGAAGAACGCCGACGCCAACGACAAGCUGAAGAAGAUGGUCAAAGACCAGCAGGAGGCUGAGAAGAAGAAGGUGAGAUAGAGGACCUACUUCACUGUAUACCAGUGGUCUGAAAAUUCCGUCCCACUGGGCCAAGAAAUAAGCAGCUCGGGUCCUGAUGUGGCUCCCGGGGCCGGCACUUUCAGAUCUCUGCUGUGUACUAAAGUCUGUGGAAGUGGAUGGUGGUUGUACUAGACCUGUGUGUGUUUUUCAAUGGGGAUUUCUAGGUGAUGAGUCAGGAGAUCCAGGAGUCUGUGUACAAGCAACAGGAGAAGAUCAAGGACAAACAGCUGAGUGUCAAGGUCGACCUGGAUCAGGUGGAGCCGGCUGUUAUAGAGGCCCAGAAUGGUAUGUCUCCCUUCUAUGGGUUCUGGAUUAUAAUUUUUUUAUUUUUUUUGCCUUCCACUUCUGAUGGGGGCUUUAGUUUAGUCAUUGUUGCAAAAUCAGCUUUAGAACCAGACUGAUCGAAUAUAACAAGCAGUGUUAUUUGGGAGCGUUCAUAUUUGCGAUGUCACUGCUGCUGUUGAAUGAUUGCAUCCCCAAGUUUACAUUAUGAGAUGCCCAACUGAUAGGAACAACACGUUUACUUUAUGAGAUGCCCAACUGAUAGGAACAACACGUUUACAUUAUGAGAUGCCCAACUGAUAGGAACAACACGUUUACAUUAUGAGAUGCCCAACUGAUAGGAACAACACGUUUACAUUAUGAGAUGCCCAACUGAUAGGAACAACACGUUUACAUUAUGAGAUGCCCAACUGAUAGGAACAACACGUUUACAUUGAGAUGCCCAACUGAUAGGAACAACACGUUUACAUUAUGAGAUGCCCAACUGAUAGGAACAACACGUUUACAUUAUGAGAUGCCCAACUGAUAGGAACAACACGUUUACAUUAUGAGAUGCCCAACUGAUAGGAACAACACGUUUACAUUAUGAGAUGCCCAACUGAUAGGACCAACACGUUUACAUUAUGAGAUGCCCAACUGAUAGGAACAACACGUUUACAUUAUGAGAUGCCCAACUGAUAGGAACAACACGUUUACAUUAUGAGAUGCCCAACUGAUAGGAACAACACGUUUACAUUAUGAGAUGCCCAACUGAUAGGAACAACACGUUUACAUUAUGAGAUGCCCAACUGAUAGGAACAACACGUUUACAUUAUGAGAUGCCCAACUGAUAGGAACAACACGUUUACAUUAUGAGAUGCCCAACUGAUAGGAACAACACGUUUACAUUAUGAGAUGCCCAACUGAUAGGAACAACACGUUUACAUUAUGAGAUGCCCAACUGAUAGGAACAACACGUUUACAUUAUGAGAUGCCCAACUGAUAGGAACAGCACGUUUACAUUAUGAGAUGCCCAACUGAUAGGAACAACACGUUUACAUUAUGAGAUGCCCAACUGAUAGGAACAACACGUUUACAUUAUGAGAUGCCCAACUGAUAGGAACAACACGUUUACAUUAUGAGAUGCCCAACUGAUAGAAACAAGAAUGCUCUUGCUCUUUUUGAGCAGAUUUCUUUGUUUCUUUCCAAGUUUUCAACAUAGGUUCUUUAUUGUCCUCUCUCCCACGGUCUCCCGGUACGAGAUGGAUAUCUCUCUUCUCAUUCUAACUUCUCUGCUUUUCUUCUCACUUUCCCUCUUUGCUGUUGCUUCUCCUCCCCGUCCUCUUGUGCCCCCCUCUGGCUGGGGUUAGCCGUUAAGUCCAUUAAGAAGCAGCAUCUGGUGGAAGUGCGUUCCAUGGCCAACCCGCCGGGGGCGGUCAAGCUGGCCCUGGAGUCCAUCUGCCUGCUCCUGGGAGAGAGCACCACGGACUGGAAGCAGAUCCGCUCCAUCAUAAUGAGGGAGAACUUCAUCCCCACCAUUGUUAACUUUUCUGCCGAUGAGAUCAGGUGACCAUGAGUGUUUUUGUUGGAGGGGGAAGAUGGCAGCGGUGGGGUUUGGGUGACCGAGGGAAGUGGUGUCUGUGAUUGUUCAAUGGCAGAGAGGAGUUGCGUGAUUGACACUUCAUUUAACCAAUUACAGAGCGGUUUGGUCUGAGCUGCCGACAUGUUUUGGAACGUCUGCAGUAAAUAUAGUUUUAAAAACCUAGAGCAUGACUCAUUCCUGCUAGCAAGUUUUAAGAGAUCCAAAAUGGCCUCUUACUUCAAUGGAGUUCAAAUGCCUAAACACCUCUGCCCCGAAACACAGUCCCUUCGCCCCCCCCCUCUUCCAACCCUGCUGCUGUGGAUCUCCCCUCCUUCCACCCCUUCUGCAUGGUUCCUAAAGAGCGGUCCACCCUCUCUUUUACCCUCCCCCCCUCCAUCCCUCCCCAGCCGUCAGCUCUAUUAAGCGUCACCAUCUUGUUGAAGUGCGUGCCAUGACCAACCCCCCACCCGCGGUAAAGCUGGCGUUAGAGUCUAUCUGCUUACUGCUGGGCGAGGAGACUAAUGACUGGAAAAAGAUCAGACAAGUUAUUGUCAGGGACAAUUUCAUCACCAACAUAGUCAACUUUGUCUCAGAGGACAUGAGGUACUGUGCAUAUCCAUUUUAUAUUACUCUGAUCUCAAAAUCUUCCUCACGCAGUUGUGAUUCAACGUAUUUUUGUUAAUUGACAAUCGGUUGUCUUGAGAAAUCAGAAUCAAAAAUCAGAGUAAUGUACUGAUUUAUUGUUAGUUUACCAAUCUUGGCAUGAUGAUACUCAUUGAAUCAAGUAAGCAUGUCCAGCAGUUGGCUAGAUAUGUUUUCUGGUCGUAGUCGGUAGCCAUACAAUUAGUCUGAAAUCAGUCACUACAACCUGUACCCAUUUAGAUGGAACAUUUCAAAUUUAUUCAUAAGUCACAGAAUACAAAAUGGAAUACAAUUUUCCACUUGAAGGGAAAUUUCACCUUAGCUCUGCCAUGGUCAUUACUACACUGCUCAAGAAAAUUAAGGGAAACACUAAAAUAACACAUCCUAGAUCUGAAUGAAUGAAAUAAUCUUAUUAAAUACUUUUUUCUUUACAUAGUUGAAUGUGCUGACAACAAAAUCACACAAAAAUUAUCAAUGGAAAUCAGAUGUAUCAACCCAUGGAGGUCUGGAUUUGGAGUCACCCUCAAAAUUAAAGUGGAAAACCACACUACAGGCUGAUCCAACUUUGAUGUAAUGUCCUUAAAACAAGUCGAAAUGAGGCUCAGUAGUGUGUGUGUGGCCUCCACGUGCCCGUAUGACCUCCCUACAACGCCUGGGCAUGCUCCUGAUGAGGUGGCGGAUGGUCUCCUGAGGGAUCUCCUCCCAGACCUGGACUAAAGCAUCCGCCAACUCCUGGACAGUCUGUGGUGCAACGUGGCGUUGGUGGAUGGAGCGAGACAUGAUGUCCCAGAUGUGCUCAAUUGGAUUCAGGUCUGGGGAACGGGCGGGCCAGUCCAUAGCAUCAAUGCCUUCCUCUUGCAGGAACUGCUGACACACUCCAGCCACAUGAGGUCUAGCAUUGUCUUGCAUUAGGAGGAACCCAGGACCAACCGCACCAGCAUAUGGUCUCACAAGGGGUCUGAGGAUCUCAUCUCGGUACCUAAUGGCAGUCAAGCUACCUCUGGCGAGCACAUGGAGGGCUGUGCGGCCCCCCAAAGAAAUGCCACCCCACACCAUGACUGACCCACCGCCAAACCGGUCAUGCUGGAGGAUGUUGCAGGCAGCAGAACGUUCUCCACGGCGUCUCCAGACUCUGUCACGUCUGUCACGUGCUCAGUGUGAACCUGCUUUCAUCUGUGAAGAGCACAGGGCACCAGUGGCGAAUUUGCCAAUCUUGGUGUUCUCUGGCAAAUUCCAAACGUCCUGCACGGUGUUGGGCUGUAAGCACAACCCCCACCUGUAGACGUCGGGCCCUCAUACCACCCUCAUGGAGUCUGUUUCUGACCGUUUGAGCAGACACGUGCACAUUUGUGGCCUGCUGGAGGUCAUUUUGCAGUGCUCUGGCAGUGCUCCUCCUUGCACAAAGGCGGAGGUAGCAGUCCUGCUGCUGGGUUGUUGCCCUCCUACGGCCUCCUCCACGUCUCCUGAUGUACUGGCCUGUCUCCUGGUAGCGCCUCCAUGCUCUGGACACUACGCUGACAGACACAGCAAACCUUCUUGCCACAGCUCGCAUUGAUGUGCCAUCCUGGAUGAGCUGCACUACCUGAGCCACUUGUGUGGGUUGUAGACUCCGUCUCAUGCUACCACUAGAGUGAAAGCACCGCCAGCAUUCAAAAGUGACCAAAACAUCAGCCAGGAAGCAUAGGAACUGAGAAGUGGUCGGUGGUCACCACCUGCAAAACCAGUCCUUUAUUGGGGGUGUCUUGCUAAUUGCCUAUAAUUUCCACCUGUUGUCUAUUCCAUUUGCACAACAGCAUGUGAAAUGUAUUGUCAAUCAGUGUUGCUUCCUAAGUGGACAGUUUGAUUUCACAGAAGUGUGAUUGACUUGGAGUUACAUUGUGUUGUUUAAGUGUUCCCUUUAUUUUUUUGAGCAGUGUAUAUUAACAUUACGUUUUGUCAUAAAUAUAAAAAAAUCUCCUCACCACAAGCUAGAACGAGGGCAUUUUAAAUUCAGAAAGUUUAGACUUCCUGUGUAUUCGUCUGCUCGACUUGUACCACCACUCCGGCAUUCAUAGCGAAUGCACGAUGCACAACGGGGCCAGAGCAGGAAGCACCGCCCCACGCCAAGCUGUGGUCUUUCAGAGUCUGGAAAAAAUGGCGCCUUGUACAUUUAGCAAUGGAUCCGCCAAUAGGAACAUCGCUGAAAGAUGUCCAAGGGCUCGAUCAAACAAGGACAACCAUAUCUACACGCACACAAAUGUGUAGUGUGAUCGGUAUAACAUGGAGGCUUCGCGAAAUGCCACAAAGCAGGACUACUUUCAUUUUCAGAUCUCAUCCACCCCAUCAAAACACUAGAUGUUGUCAUCGCCUUUGUGGUCAAAUAUGUGUGAAGGACUUCAGGCACGAUCAAAACAAACCCAGUCAUAUUUUGGUGAAAUUUCCCUUUAACAACCAAAACCCUUUUAUUUUUGCUUCCUUGCACGCCACCCCUUUCGUACAUAAUUUCAUCCAUGAUCAUUUUUCAAAUACCCUGCUCACAAAUUUUAAUUCAUUUAACAUUUUAUACAAUUGCCUGUUGCUCUGUCCUAACCCUGUGACCGCUAUCGUAAUGCAGUGAGUCAAUCCGUGAGAAAAUGAAGAAGAAUUACAUGUCCAACCCCAACUUCAACUACGAGAUGGUCAACAGGGCCUCCCUGGCCUGUGGCCCCAUGGUCAAAUGGGCCAUCGCUCAGGUAAGGAAACCACCGGCCACUGACCUUAUACUGGGAACGGUUUAAGGGUGAAUCUAAAGUCUUUCCUCGAUUCCUUGCGUCCUCUCUCCUCGUCUCCUUCUCAAAACUAAUUGGAGGAGAAGGUCAUAGAGGAGGAAUCUUGGAUCUUCUCUUCCGAUGCAUUUCGAGGAGAUUUGGAGAGAGGAAAGAUUUGAGAUUCACCCAAUGUCUAGUGAGUGCCAGGAGUAAAUUAUUUCUUACCACGUGUAAAAACUCUGCGCCCUACUUAUAACCUGCAAUUAUUGACCCGUCUCUUCCCCCUCUUCUAGCUGAACUACGCUGACAUGUUGAAGCGCGUGGAGCCGCUGAGGAACGAGCUGCAGAAGCUGGAGGACGAUGCCAUGGACAAUAAGUCCAAGGCGGAGGAGGUGGAGCAGAUGAUCCACGACCUGGAGUCCAGCAUCGCCCGCUACAAGGAGGAGUACGCCGUACUCAUCUCUGAGGCCCAGGCCAUUAAGGCCGAUCUGGCCGCCGUCGAGGCAAAGGUAGGGAAGUCCAUCCGCCCAUAAAACAACCAUUCCUAAUAAACUAAACCAUUUCACCAUCUCCAUAACUUUAGCAAGAGAUACCAUUUCGCCAUCUCCAUAACCUUAGGAAUUAGCAAGAGAUUUAGGAAAUGCGUUUUAGAGCAAGGAGUGCUUUUUCAAUGAACAAGGCUUGCAUCUCGUCUAUGAAAACUCUGAGUCAAUGCCCUAGACUUGACAAUAGUAUACAGUGUAAAUGUGAUGUUUCUGUUUUUUUUAAAUAUAAUUUGCUAAGAAAAUCUAAAAACCUGUUUUUGCUUUGUCAUUAUGGGGUAUUGUGUGUCAAUUGAUGAGGAAAACAAUUGAUUUAAUCAAUUUUAGAAUAAGGCUGUACCAUAACAAAAUUUGGAAAAAGUGAAGGGAUCUGAUUUCUUUCCAAAUGCACUGUAUAGCCCUAGGGGAUGAGUCUUUUCAGUUUAGAGCUCCAUUCCAAUGUAAAGCAAUUGAAGACCAGGUGGAAAAGCGCUGUAUCAAUCCAUCAUUGUUAAAUCUGAUCGUCUUCUGUGAGUGCAGGUGAACCGCAGCACAGCCCUGCUCAAGAGCCUGUCUGCCGAGAGCGAGCGCUGGGAGAAGUCCAGCGAGACGUUCAAGAACCAGAUGGCUACCAUCGCCGGGGACUGCCUGCUGUCGGCAGCCUUCAUUGCCUACGCAGGCUACUUCGAGCAGCAGAUGAGACAGAACCUCUUCACCACCUGGUCGCACCACCUGCAGCAGGCCAACAUUCAGGUACUGGGGGGGGGGGUUGUUCAGCGGCUCAUGUAACGAGGGUAGUUCUCAGCACUAGGCUUUAGUUUACAUGAUGAGUAGGGAGGGGUCAUGAGUUUUUCUAGGUCAGAUCACGUGAUGAGGGUUAAAAAUACUGGCCCUAAUGAUAAAUGACCUUGCCGGAGAUGUGGAGAAUUGUUUUGUCUCCCAUGACUAUUUCCUAGGCUUUAGUUCAGACGGCUAACUGUCUUGAGUCGCAUGGACAACCCAAGUUCGAAACCCAGACUUUAACACCAACUCUGGCAGUCAUCUGUAACUCAAGGCAGUAUUUUUUUCUUUGUAAUGUUCUAGACUCAAUUUUGUAUGGCUAAGCAGAUCUGUCUCUCCUACUAGUUCCGUACGGACAUCGCCAGGACUGAGUACCUGUCCAAUGCGGACGAGAGGCUGCGCUGGCAGGCCAACUCCCUCCCGGCGGACGACCUCUGCACCGAGAACGCCAUCAUGCUCAAGAGGUUCAACAGGUGAGUGUGUCCAUCCGAAUCACAAUAUCAUCCAUCAUCUCUUCUCCCCCAUCUAGGAACUGGAGUAUCCUACAUGACCAACACUGAGGGGUAGAGGGUGGUAGUUCUAUCAUCAACCUGGAGUAUCCUACAUGACCAACACUGAGGGGUAGAGGGUGGUAGUUCUAUCAUAAACCUGGAGUAUCCUACAUGACCAACACUGAGAGGUAGAGGGUGGUAGUUCUAUCAUAAACCUGGAGUAUCCUACAUGACCAACACUGAGGGGUAGAGGGUGGUAGUUCUAUCAUAAACCUGGAGUAUCCUACAUGACCAACACUGAGAGGUAGAGGGUGGUAGUUCUAUCAUAAACCUGGAGUAUCCUACAUGACCAACACUGAGAGGUAGAGGGUGGUAGUUCUAUCAUAAACCUGGAGUAUCCUACAUGACCAACACUGAGGGGUAGAGGGUGGUAGUUCUAUCAUAAACCUGGAGUAUCCUACAUGACCAACACUGAGAGGUAGAGGGUGGUAGUUCUAUCAUAAACCUGGAGUAUCCUACAUGACCAACACUGAGAGGUAGAGGGUGGUAGUUCUAUCAUAAACCUGGAGUAUCCUACAUGACCAACACUGAGGGGUAGAGGGUGGUAGUUCUAUCAUAAACCUGGAGUAUCCUACAUGACCAACACUGAGGGGUAGAGGGGUGGUAGUUCUAUCAUAAACCUGGAGUAUCCUACAUGACCAACACUGAGGGGUAGAGGGUGGUAGUUAUAUCAUAAACCUGGAGUAUCCUACAUGACCAACACUGAGGGGUAGAGGGUGGUAGUUCUAUCAUAAACCUGGAGUAUCCUACAUGACCAACACUGAGGGGUAGAGGGUGGUAGUUCUAUCAUAAACCUGGAGUAUCCUACAUGACCAACACUGAGGGGUAGAGGGUGGUAGUUCUAUCAUAAACCUGGAGUAUCCUACAUGACCAACACUGAGGGGUAGAGGGUGGUAGUUCUAUCAUAAACCUGGAGUAUCCUACAUGACCAACACUGAGGGGUAGAGGGUGGUAGUUCUAUCAUAAACCUGGAGUAUCCUACAUGACCAACACUGAGAGGUAGAGGGUGGUAGUUCUAUCAUAAACCUGGAGUAUCCUACAUGACCAACACUGAGGGGUAGAGGGUGGUAGUUCUAUCAUAAACCUGGAGUAUCCUACAUGACCAACACUGAGGGGUAGAGGGUGGUAGUUCUAUCAUAAACCUGGAGUAUCCUACAUGACCAACACUGAGGGGUAGAGGGGUGGUAGUUCUAUCAUAAACCUGGAGUAUCCUACAUGACCAACACUGAGGGGUAGAGGGUGGUAGUUCUAUCAUAAACCUGUAUUGAAGGCUGAACGCCUCACUGCGGAUCCUGUCGGGAGAUACAUAAACUUUACCAUUUAAAUGUUUGUAUAAUGAAUGCCUAUCCUAGUUCCACAGUGCAUCCAAUAGUGUGAUGGAUAGACUGUGUUUUUAAAGACUCCUGGAAAGCUAGCCCUUUCUUUGGGCUAAAUGAGAUCCUAAUAAAAAACAAAACUUUGCCUUUUCCCAGGUAUCCCCUGAUCAUCGACCCGUCCGGCCAGGCCACAGAGUUCAUCAUGAACGAGUACAAGGAUCGCAAGAUCACCAGGACCAGCUUCCUGGAUGACGCAUUCCGGAAGAACCUGGAGAGCGCUCUGCGUUUCGGAAACCCUCUGCUUGUGCAGGUCAGAACAGACUUCUCGGUCUAUCCAGCAUGUUCCAGACCAUGUGUACCUCUACAAUAGCAUGUAACACAUGCUUUUAAUCUGAAUACAUUGUAGUGCUCAACUGCUGCUGCAGUAGACAUAAUCUCCCUUGAGACCGGUAACAUAAAUGUUACUAUAUUUAACAGAAGCUUUAACGUAAACGUUAGGUCCAGUAGCUAGCUAGCGAAUGCAACAUUUGGUUCUGGGUUCCAAGAUAACUGUUGGGCUUGCCGACCUUUGUUCAAUUGGAAAAACAAUUUUGCUUCCAUGUAACUAAUGGUAAUGUCUCCCCCCAGGAUGUAGAGAGCUACGAUCCCAUCCUGAACCCGGUGCUCAACAGAGAGGUGCGCAGGACCGGCGGACGGGUGCUCAUCACCCUUGGCGACCAGGACAUUGACUUGUCCCCGUCCUUCGUCAUCUUCCUCUCCACACGCGACCCCACGGUGGAGUUCCCUCCAGACCUGUGUUCUCGUGUGACCUUUGUCAACUUCACAGUGACUCGCAGCAGUCUGCAGAGCCAGUGUCUCAACGAGGUGCUGAAGGCAGAGAGGCCCGACGUGGACGAGAAGCGCUCCGACCUCCUCAAACUGCAGGGUGAGACGCGCGAGCACAAUGACCUCGCUUACGCAAGGCUCGCUCUGUGUGCCGACAGUCUCUUGCAAUAAAUGAUGAAUCUAUACCGAACCUGAUUUAAUGUGAAUGAAACUCAUAUACGGAUCUGACUGCUGAUAUGCAAUGCACACAAAAGUAUCUUACUCUCUUCUCUUUGUCCUAUUUUUAUCCUUCAAAUAUGGAAGCAUUAACCUUCCCUCCCUCCACCAGGUGAGUUCCAGGUGCGUCUGCGCCAACUGGAGAAGUCUCUGCUGCAGGCCCUGAACGAGGUCAAGGGUCGUAUCCUGGACGACGACACCAUCAUCACCACCCUGGAGAACCUGAAGAAGGAGGCGGCGGAGGUGACCAGGAAGGUGGAGGAGACGGACAUUGUGAUGGCCGAGGUGGAGGCGGUGUCGCAGCAGUACCUGUCCCUCUCCUCGGCCUGCAGCUCCAUCUACUUCACCAUGGAGGCCCUGAACCAGGUAUACACACACUGUGGCUCUUAUAAAGAUUCUCCUGUGUGCCGACGGUCUCUUGCAUUAAAUGAUGAAUCUAUCCCAAACCUGAGUUCAUGUGAAUGAAACUCCUAUACGGAUCUGACUGCUGCUAUGCAAGUCUCUUCUGGUUCUGUUUCUAUGGUGGUGACCCUCUUCAAAACCUUCUAGUACAGAACCAAGACGUAGUGUAGCGAACCCAUUCCAGCCUGCUGUGUUGAUGACUUCAUGUCCGUCUCCAGAUCCACUUCCUGUACCAGUACUCGCUGCACUUCUUCCUGGACAUCUACCACACAGUCCUGUAUGAGAACGCUAACCUCAAGAGUGUUAGCGACCACACCCAGCGCCUGACCCACAUCACCAAGGACCUCUUCCAGGUAACCGCACAUCUCAAACACCCUCUAGAACCUAGAAUGUCUAAAACCUCACAUCUAGAACACCUUCUAGAACAUCUAGAACUGGAGAUUUUCUUCAUAGAUCUCAAAUCAAUGUUGUUUUUUUUUGUGCAAAAUCAACAAUCCGAUUGUCUCGUUUCAGGGGGCGUUCAACAGAGUGGCCAGAGGAAUGUGUAACCAGGAUCACAUCACCUUCGCAAUGCUCUUAGCCAGGAUCAACCUGAAAGGCAUGACCAGGUAAUGAACUUUGAACUUUCUACACAUUCCUGGUUAUAAUGUGAAGGAUAAGGUCCAUGGUUCGGUUCCAAUAUCUACACUACAAAAAUGUAUUGAGGAUGCAUUCUAAGUGGUAUGCUAGUGUGGACAGUGUGCCGCAGCCCAUGCAUCUUGUUGAUGACCAGUUCCUGUUGCCCUCAGCGAGCCGUCCUACGACGCAGAGUUCCAGCACUUCCUGCGUGGCGCGGAGAUGGUGCUGAAGGGCACAGCGGUGCCUAAGGUGAAAGGCCUGACCACGGAGCAGUGUGAGGCCAUGAUCAUCCUCAGCCGACUCCCUGCCUUCAAGGACCUGGUCUCCAAGGUGGAGGCUGAUGAGGUGAGAAACUUGGCAGGGAGGGAGGGGAAGAAAAUGACUUUUGCAAUGUGAAGCUCUUUACUAAACCGUUUGUAAACCGACUCUUUACUAAACCGUUAAACAGAAGAGCAUAACAAUAAUUAUUUUGAAGAAAAGAGCGUAAGAAAGGAAAAUUAAGUUGUCAUUGAGGUUGACAUGGCUUUUUUUUUCGAUCAUUGAAGCAAUUCUUCAUGUGGAUUGAGAGCAACUCCCCUGAGCUAUCCGUGCCCUACCUGUGGACAGAGGAGAAACAGUCAAGUGAGUAUUUCAAUCAGUGUUGUAAUGUGUUUUACUUUGGGGAAGCGUGGGAACCCGUGAAGCUAAGUUUAGGAGGCUGCUAUGCAUUGUCGAGAUCCCAAUUAUACUCUUGAUAGAAUUUGCAUAAAAAUACCAAAUGAAUGUACAGAAAAUAGGAAGUUGGAGUGCUUGUGCUUCACAGUGGUGGCGGUAAAGUGGAAAGAGUCUUACAGUGAUUCUGUGCAGUCCGACUGCAAUGUAGUCGAUCUCAAAAAUGUAUUUGUCUGUCCUCGACAGCCUCCAUCGGUCAGGCAGUGCACCAGCUGCUGCUGAUCCAAGCCUUCCGUCCGGACCGCAUGCUGGCCAUGGCCCACAUCUUUGUAUCCAAGGUCCUGGGAGACACCUUCAUGGCCAUCAUCGAGCAGCCCCUGGACCUGGGCAACAUCGUGGAGAGCGAGGUAACAGAUAAUAUAAAUAGAAUCUACCAUUGUAGUCAUUUCAUGUCUAUGGUACCGAAGUCUGGACAUCCCUGAAUCGACAAUCAUCUCAGAUAUAGUGUGUUGUUAUUUGUACAGUAUGUUAAAGGGUUACUAGCAAAAGUGUAUGUUCUGCUCAUUGAACAACCUUGCCAAUACUGUUCUAAGUACCGUAUUUUCCGCACUAUAAGGCGCACUUAAAAGCCUUUAAUUUUCUCAAAAAACGACAGUGCGCCUUAUAAUCCGGAGCGCCUUAUAUAUGGAUCAAUUGGUUAAUUGGUUGAUCCAUACUGGUUGCACACGGCGCUCAAGGCGCUCUGUCAAAAUGUUUCAGUAUGAAAAACCAAUAAAAACAAUUUAAUAAUAAUGAAAUGUUUCAGUACGACUGGUAAACUACAAAGCCGCACCGCUUGCAGCAUUACGGCUACCGUAGUCAGUAAACACCGGUACUGUGCUUACUCACAGUCCCACACCACUUGUGUGUGUAUAAAGACCCCAAAAUUGUUGUCAGAACGCUUAAUAAAGUUUGAUUUAUCUGACUGUUUUGUUGACGUUCCCUUUAGCACAGCUCCAUCUAGUGGAUGCAUAACGCAACCCCAGUCAAACGUUUGACUGCAGUAUCUUCUAUUCUAUGCGCCUUAUAAUCCGGUGCGCCCUAUUAUAUGAAAACAGUUCUAAAAUAGGCCAUUCAUUGAAGGUGCGCCUUAUAAUCCAGUGCGCCUUAUAGUACGGAAAAUACGGUACCAUUUGCGUAUUCCAACUGCUCAUCUCCUCCUGAAACAACGGCUUGUUAUCCUACCCACCUAGGUGAAACCCAGUACCCCUGUUCUGAUGUGCUCCGUGCCCGGGUACGACGCCAGCGGCCUGGUCCGGGACCUGGCAGCCGAGGAAAACAAACACAUCACCUCCAUCUCCAUCGGUAGGUCAAUUUUAUUUAAAUUCAGUCAGUUCAGUUUGUAAACAGCCCAGGAGGAGUAAGGAUAAAACUGGCAUCUUAGAAACCUGGUUCCUCUUCUCUCUCCUCAGGUUCUGCUGAGGGCUUCAACAAGGCCGACCGCGACAUCAACACCGCUGUCAAGUCCGGCAGGUGGGUGAUGCUGGAGAACGUGCACCUGGCUCCUGGUUGGCUGAUGCAGCUGGAGAAGAAGCUCCACUCCAUGCAGCCCCACGCCAGCUUCCGCCUCUUCCUCACCAUGGAGAUCAACCCCAAGGUCACAUUCCACAUUCAAGUUCCUUAGAAAAAUAAAGAACAUGGCGACUAUGACAGUGUUUUACACUCAGUAUUGAGGACCAUUAACACAUAACAGUAAACUUAAUGAAAGAGCUACGAAGUGAUUUCUGAAGAAGGUUCAAGCACGUUCAAUUGUUGAUUUUAAAAAAAAAACACACAAAAAACACUGAUUUUGAAAAAUGUCCACAUUGUUACUUGAAGUGUUAGCACUGUGAUUGGUUAACCCCAAGCUUUUUCCCACCAUGUGGCACAGUUAUGAAUGUCUUGACUAUUGAGAGAUGGACAAAUGUUUUUUUCUCUUCUCCUCUCAGGUGCCAGUGAACCUGCUGCGUGCAGGACGUAUCUUUGUGUUUGAGCCUCCUCCUGGGGUUAAGGCCAACAUGCUGAGGACCUUCAGCAGCAUCCCUGUGGCUCGCAUGUGCAAGGUGACCCACACCACUAUAUAUAUAUAUAUACUGAUUCUCUCGUUCUCUCCUAUGCCUCUCUGUUCAUCUCUCACACACCUUCUUCCUCCGUAAACUUGGAUGAAUGAAUUAUUUUUUACCUUGAUUAUUUAAAAGGGUCAAUCUGCAAUUGCGAUAUUCAUUUUUUGGACUUUUAAUGAUAUAUAUACCCAUAGAUUCUUUAAGAAUAUAACUUAGAAAGGCCUAAUGAGCUUAUUUCAUGUGUCCUACCUCAUCAGAACCCACAAUAUAGAAGCUUGUUUUUACUCCAUUGUUUGUAAACAAUGUCAUUGUAAACUAACAUUGUAUAGCCUCGAAACAGCAUGGUUAAAACAAUCAUUUUGAUAUUGUGAAUGGUCAGUCCUUGCAUGCAUAGCUCUGUCUGAAUUUGAGACCUCCAGCCCCAUUCCUCACCUAUCUACCAAAAAAGUGGUGGGGGGGGGGCACUUGAUUGUUUGAACUGCAGAUUGCCCCUUUUAAACAAACCUCUUCUACCCAUCAUCCUCUGCAGGCACCCAACGAGCGUGCCCGUCUCUACUUCCUGCUGGCCUGGUUCCACGCCGUCAUCCAGGAGCGCCUGCGCUAUGCACCGCUGGGCUGGUCCAAGAAGUACGAGUUCGGAGAGUCGGACUUGCGCUCGGCCUGCGACACCGUGGACACCUGGCUGGACGACACCGCUAAGGUCAGUCACACACACAUAAAAUACACACACACACUGUUGUCUCUUUAUAUAGGGUUCUUUCUGUAUGCAGAAUGUCUCUUGCAUUAGAUGAUGAAUCUAUCCCGAACCUGAUUUCAUGUGAAUGAAACUCAUUAUACGGAUCUGACUUCUUUUAUGCAAUUCACACAAAUAUAUACAUUAUUGCAAUUAGGAAUGAAGUUGGCGGUCACUCAAUAAAAACUAAAAAUGACUCCUAGAAUGUCUAGUCUCUAAGCUAAGUUGGAUGGGCGUGGUGAGAACAGAAUCAGAACAGAUAUUAUAUGUAUCUCAAUGGUGGUAACCUUCCUUUCCCCUCUUCCUCCACACCCCCAGGGCCGUCAGAACAUCUCCCCAGACAAGAUCCCCUGGGCGGCCCUGAAGACCCUGAUGGCCCAGUCCAUCUACGGCGGCCGCAUUGACAACGAGUUUGACCAGCGGCUGCUCAACACCUUCCUGGAUCGCAUCUUCACCACGGGCAGCUUCGACUCAGAGUUCAAGCUGGCCUUCAAGGUGGACGGUCACAAGGACAUCAAGAUGCCCGAUGGCAUCCGGUCAGUGGCCAGCCUUGGGGGUUGGGGGGGUGGUAGUUUUAAUUUAGUGUCAUUAAAUGUAUACUGAACAAAAAUAUAUAAACGCAACAUGUAAAGUGUUGGUCCCAUUUUUCAUGAGCUGAAAUAAAAGAUCCCAGAAAUGUUCCAUUCGCACAAAAAGCGUAUUUCUCGCAAAGUUUGUGGACAAUUGUGUUUACAUCCCUGUUAGUGAGCAUUUCUCCUUUACCAAGAUAAUCCAUCCACCUGACAGGUGUGGCGCAUCAAGAAACGGAUUAAACAGCAUGAUCAUUACACAGGUGCACCUUGUGCUGGGGACAGUAAAAGGCUACUCUAAAAUGUGCAGUUUUGUCACACAACACAAUGCCACAGAUUUCUCAAGUUUUGAGGGAGCGUGCAAUUGGCAUGCUGACUGCAGAAAUGUCCACCAGAGCUGUUGCCAGAGAAUUGAAUGUUCAUUUCUCUACCAUAAGCCGCCUCCAACAUCAUUUUAGAGAAUUUGGCAGUACAUCCAACUGGUCUCAUAACCGCAGACCACGUGUAACUAUGCCAUCCCAGGACCGCCACAUCCAGCUUCUUCACCUGCGGGAUCGUUUGAGGGGUGGGGUGGGGGGAGUUCUCAUGAGUAUUUCUGUCAUAAAGCCCUUUUGUGGGAAAAACAUAUUCUGACUGUGCCCCUGCCCAGUCAUGUGAAAUCCAUAGAUUAUGGCCUAAUUAAUGUAUUUCAAUUGACUGAUUUCCUUCUAUGAACUGUAACUCAGUGAAAUCUUUGAAAUUGUUGCAUGUUGCGUUUUAUAUAUUUUUUGUGUAUGUAUGAAAACUGAGUACAGUACAUACAAAAACUAUGUUAUAUUGUGAUCAAUUCUCCUCAGCAAAAUGUUUGUCAUAAAGAAAUUAAGGGGAAACCUUUGCAUUCUUCUGAAAUGCACACAUUUAGGAAUGGUUACAUUUCAGGUGAUUUUCUACCAUUCUCUCUCCUCUCUCAGUAACACUGUUCUGUCUCUGCUCUCUCAGUAACACUGUUCUGUCUCUGCUCUCUCAGUAACACUGUUCUGUCUCUCCUCUCAGUAACACUGUUCUGUCUCUCCUCUCAGUAACACUGUUCUGUCUCUCCUCUCAGUAACACUGUUCUGUCUCCCUCAGUAACACUGUUCUGUCUCUCCUCUCAGUAACACUGUUCUGUCUCUCCUCUCAGUAACACUGUUCUGUCUCUCCUCUCAGUAACACUGUUCUGUCUCUCCUCUCAGUAACACUGUUCUGUCUCUCCUCUCUCAGUAACACUGUUCUGUCUCUGCUCUCUCAGUAACACUGUUCUGUCUCUGCUCUCUCAGUAACACUGUUCUGUCUCUCCUCUCAGUAACACUGUUCUGUCUCUGCUCUCUCAGUAACACUGUUCUGUCUCUGCUCUCUCAGUAACACUGUUCUGUCUCUCCUCUCAGUAACACUGUUCUGUCUCUGCUCUCAGUAACACUGUUCUGUCUCUGCUCUCUCAGUAACACUGUUCUGUCUCUGCCUCUCAGUAACACUGUUCUGUCUCUGCCUCUCAGUAACACUGUUCUGUCUCUGCUCUCUCAGUAACACUGUUCUGUCUCUGCUCUCUCAGUAACACUGUUCUGUCUCUGCUCUCUCAGUAACACUGUUCUGUCUCUGCUCUCUCAGUAACACUGUUCUGUCUCUCUCUCUCAGUAACACUGUUCUGUCUCUCCUCUCAGUAACACUGUUCUGUCUCUGCUCUCUCAGUAACACUGUUCUGUCUCUGCUCUCUCAGUAACACUGUUCUGUCUCUCCUCUCAGUAACACUGUUCUGUCUCUGCUCUCUCAGUAACACUGUUCUGUCUCUGCUCUCUCAGUAACACUGUUCUGUCUCCUCUCAGUAACACUGUUCUGUCUCUGCUCUCUCAGUAACACUGUUCUGUCUCUCCUCUCAGUAACACUGUUCUGUCUUUGUUUCCAGGCGUGAGGAGUUCAUGCACUGGGUGGAAAUGCUGCCAGACACCCAGACCCCGUCCUGGCUGGGCCUGCCCAGCAACGCUGAGAAGGUCCUGCUCACCACUCAGGGUAUGCUAUUGGCUGCAGUUGGUUGGCCCUGGCUGUCUGUGGGAUCCUUUAUGCAGCGAGGAGAGUGCAGAAACACAUCACUCAUCUUUGGUUUCUCCUCUCUCCAUAUCUGUUGUAACACAAUCUUAUUUCCACAGGCCUCAUUCUCAUCUAACUAGAGAAAUGGCUACCAUUGGUGCAGAGCAUAUUCUCUAACUAGAGAAAUGGCUACCAUUGGUGCAGAGCAUAUUCUCUAACUAGAGAAAUGGCUACCAUUGGUGCAGAGCAUAUUCUCUAACUAGAGAAAUGGCUACCAUUGGUGCAGAGCAUAUUCUCUAACUAGAGAAAUGGCUACCAUUGGUGCAGAGCAUAUUCUCUAACUACAUUUACAUUUACAUUUUAGUCAUUUAGCAGACGCUCUUAUCCAGAGCGACUUACAGGAGCAAUUAGGGUUAAGUGCCUUGCUCAAGGGCACAUUUACGUCAUUUAGCAGACGCUCUUAUCCAGAGCGACUCACAAAUUGGUGCAUUCACCCUAUAGCCAGUGGGAUAACCACUUUACAAUUUUUUUUUUUUGGGGGGGGGGGGGGGGGGGGGGGGGGGGGUAGAAGGAUUACUUUAUCCUAUCCCAGGUAUUCCUUAAAGAGGUGGGGUUUCAAAUGUCUCCGGAAGGUGGUGAGUGACUCCGCUGUCCUGGCGUCGUGAGGGAGCUUGUUCCACCAUUGGGGUGCCAGAGCAGCGAACAGUUUUGACUGGGCUGAGCGGGAACUAUGCUUCCGCAGAGGAAGGGGAGCCAGCAGGCCAGAGGUGGAUGAACGCAAUGCCCUCGUUUGGGUGUAGGGACUGAUCAGAGCCCGAAGGUACAGAGGUGCCGUUCCCCUCACUGCUCCAUAGGCAAGCACCAUGGUCUUGUAACGGAUGCGAGCUUCAACUGGAAGCCAGUGGAGUGUGCGGAGGAGGGGGGGUGACGUGAGAGAACUUGGGAAGGUUGAACACCAGACGGGCUGCGGCGUUCUGGAUGAGUUGUAGGGGUUUAAUGGCACAGGCAGGGAGGCCAGCCAACAGCGAGUUGCAGUAAUCCAGACGGGAGAUGACAAGUGCCUGGAUUAGGACCUGUGCCGCUUCCUGUGUAAGGCAGGGUCGUACUCUCCGAAUGUUGUAGAGCAUGAACCUGCAGGAGCGGGUCACCGCCUUGAUGUUAGCGGAGAACGACAGGGUGUUGUCCAGGGUCACGCCAAGGCUCUUCGCACUCUGGGAGGAGGACACAACGGAGUUGUCAACCGUGAUGGCGAGAUCAUGGAACGGGCAGUCCUUCCCCGGGAGGAAGAGCAGCUCCGUCUUGCCAGGGUUCAGCUUGAGGUGGUGAUCCGUCAUCCAUACUGAUAUGUCUGCCAGAGAUGCGAUUCGCCACCUGGUUAUCAGAAGGGGGAAAGGAGAAGAUUAGUUGUGUAUCGUCAGCGUAGCAAUGAUAGGAGAGGCCAUGUGAGGAUAUGACAGAGCCAAGUGACUUGGUGUAUAGGGAGAAAAGGAGAGGGCCUAGAACUGAGCCCUGGGGGACACCAGUGGUGAGAGCACGUGGUGCGGAGACAGCUUCUCGCCACGCCACUUGGUAGGAGCGACCGGUCAGGUAGGACGCAAUCCAGGAGUGAGCCGCGCCGGAGAUGCCCAGCUCGGAGAGGGUGGAGAGGAGGAUCUGAUGGUUCACAGUAUCAGUAUCAACUAGAGAAAUGGCUACCAUUGGUGCAGAGCAUAUUCUCUAACUAGAGAAAUGGCUACCAUUGUUGCAGAGCAUAUUCUCUAACUAGAGAAAUGGCUACCAUUGGUGCAGAGCAUAUUCUCUAACUAGAGAAAUGGCUACCAUUGUUGCAGAGCAUAUUCUCUAACUAGAGAAAUGGCUACCAUUGGUGCAGAGCAUAUUCUCUAACUAGAGAAAUGGCUACCAUUGUUGCAGAGCAUAUUCUCUAACUAGAGAAAUGGCUACCAUUGGUGCAGAGCAUAUUCUCUAACUAGAGAAAUGGCUACCAUUGGUGCAGAGCAUAUUCUCAUCUAACUAGAGCAGGGGUAGGCAACCCUGGUCCUGGAGAAGCCGCAGGCACUUCAUGGCACCUGGAAGACCAGGUGUGUUGAAUUGAGGAAAUCACUGAACUGAUCAAUUACCUCCGUUGGUAUUGUGUGGUUCCAAGUUGGAACAAAAUCCUGCGGUACCUGUGGCACUCCAGGAACAGGGUUGCCUACCCCUGAACUAGAGGAAUGACUACCAGGGCAUAAAAUAAACUUUUUGGUCCACCAGCCACUGUGGCAGGUAGAUGAAUAAAAUCUACCAGCCACUCAGAUUUUGUACCAGGCCAAAAAACAUUGUCGCCAUAAUUACAUUAACAAAUAUAAAAAUAAACGGAUGACCAUGCUUUGUAAUGUUUCGAAAACAAUAAAUGUAUUAGUAAAAAGUAAUGUGGUAUAUUGCUAAAUUUCAUAAAAAUUCCUGUGACCUGAGUUUUUUAAAAACCAAAAUAUCAGAUGAGACAAAAUAUUCAGCUGCCCCUUUUAAGAGCUGGGGGUUACCGUGGUAACGGGGCCACUCGAGUCAUGUCUGUGUGUGAGAUUUGUGAUCUGACUAGGGCGUGGGUCUCUUCACUAUCAGUUGAAGCAGCAGACUCAAACUAACGUUGAAAAACAACCGAGCUUGUGAACAAAACAAUGUAAAUAGCCAAGAAACACGAAGAAAAAGUCUCACUUCAGUAGACUUUUCGUUUUAAGUAAAUUAGACCAACCUUUAUGCCUGUGCACAGCGCCUCCAGAAAUGAAUCUAUCAGUACUUCACUCAGAGCACACAGUUCUGCCAGGCAGUGUUGCUGAGGCUGGAUGUAGGAUUCCUAUUUCUUUGUGCGAUUAGCAGCUAUGAAACAAAACAGCAGAAACUUUUGAAAACAGCUACUGCAGUAAAUCGCAACUCGCACAAGUGCUCCUACUUGUUGACCACCCGUCAACGUGGCUGGUAAAAUGGGCAUUCUUACCCACCAAUACCUAAAUCUAUCUAACCGCAUUUGGCGGGUGUUAAUUUUAUUCCCUGAUGACUACCAUUGAUGCAGAGCAUAUUCUCUCACUGCUUCCACUAACUCGGUUGUAAUGAUGGUUUAUAUUUAGGCCCUAGGACCCUUUCCUCUCCUUGUGCCGUUCCUCAAAUCAGUUCCAGUGUUAAAACCUCCGUGUGGUAGCCUUACCCAUGUGAAUGGGGGUGUUCUGUCAGGGGGGGGGGGGGGGGGGGGGGGGGGGGGGGGGGGGGGGGGGGGGGGUGUUCUCACCCUCCAGCAGCUGUAUUUCACAUUCAUCAUGUCUCGCUUGGCUGCCAGUUCCAACUCCCAGCUGUUGAUGCAUCCAUCCUUCCAUCCAUCCAUCCCUCAAUCCAUUCUCAUCCCCUCCAUCUAUCCCUCUAUCCCUCUUUGGUUACAACUGAUUUUUCUCACAGAGCCCCAGAAACUUUAUUCACUUCUAUAUGUCCUCCUUUAAGAAAUAUUGCAUGGUCUCCCUCCAUUUUAUUAGUAUUGGUAUUGACUUACCCUUGUUUUUGUCAGAUGUAAUUUGUUUUAUGACUUUAUGUUGUAAUCCCUUGUUUUUGAUUGUGAAACACAACAACCCAUUUUCCACCCCACUCCUCUCCCUCCUCUCCCUCCCCCACCCUCUCUCCCUCUCCCUCUAUUCCCUCUCCCUAUCCACAUCCUCCUCUCCCUCUCCCCCUCUCCCGUCUCCCUACCCUACCCCUCUCUCACCCUCAGCCCUCUCCUCUCCCCCUCUCCCUCUCCCCACCCUCUCCCUCUCCCUCCCUCUCGCCUCACCCCGGGUCCUCUCCCCCCCCCCCUCUCCCUGCCCCACCCUCCCCUCUGCCCCGCCCUCUCCCUCUCCCACCCUCUCCCCUCCCCCCCGCCCCUCCCUCUCCUCUCCUCUCUCCCACCCUCUCCUCUCUCCCACCCUCUCCUCCCCUCUCCCACUCCCCUCCACCUCUCACCCCCACCCUCUCUCCUCCUCCCGCCCCACUCCCCCAUCCUUCCUCUCCCCCCCCACUCCUUCCCCCCACCUCUCACUCCCUCCCACCCUCUCCCUCUCCCCCCCUCUCCCCCCCCACCCUCUCCCCUCCCCUCUCCCCACACUCACCCUGCUCCCUCACCACCUCUCCGCAGACACCCCAUCCCUACACCCUCCCAAAUCCCCACCUCCCCCUCCCUCCCCCACCCCAUCCCUCCCUCUCCCCACCCAUCCCUCUCCCUCCCCCCCCCUCCCCUCCCCUCCUCCCCCCCUCUCCCCCUCCCCCCUCCCCCCCUCCCUCCCCCUCGAAUCACCCCCCUCACCCCUUGCUGGGCUGCUUCAGGCACUGACAUGAUGGGUAAGAUGCUGAAAAUGCAGAUGCUGGAGGAUGAGGAUGACCUGGCCUACGAGAAGGAGACGAAGCGCGAGCGCACUGCGUCCACCUCAGCCGAGGCCCAGCCCGCCUGGAUGCGCACGCUGCUCACCACCGCCACCAACUGGCUGACGCUCAUCCCGCAGGUGGUCAACCACCUCAAACGCACCGUGGAGAACAUCAAGGUAACGUCCCGGCAACGUCUCAUCUGGUCAGUGUGAUGCCUGGGAUCUGAUGGGCUAAGGUUGGAAGAGUGUUCUGAUGACACUUUGACACUUAUAUUUCCAACAUACACACACAAUCUCUUACAUAAUGCUUUUUCUUUAUGCAGUAAAUUAUGAAUCUAUCCCGAACCCGAUUUAAUGUGAAUUAAACUCCUAAUAUGGAUCUGACUUCUGAUAUCCAAUUCACACACUGUGGGUGUCUUCAAGGACUAUACAGGUGAAAAUAUAUUGUUUAACAAACGUGUAUAUAUAUUUAAUCCCCAACACACACACAGGACCCCCUGUUCCGUUUCUUUGAGCGCGAGGUGAAGAUGGGCGCCCGCAUGCUUCAGGAGGUGCGUCAGGACCUGACUGAUGUGGUGCAGGUGUGCGAGGGCAAGAAGAAACAGACCAACGACCUGCGCACCCUCAUCAACGACCUCGUCAAAGGUCCUCUCAUUCUCUACACAAGAUCGUCUUAGUUUUACCAUUACAUCUAAUAUGGUUACAUAGUGACAAUGUGUGCGAGUAUGGUAGGAUUACGGUAAUAGUCAAUGGCCCAAAUCCUAAUUUAAGAUCCACUUUCAUUUUCAUACAAGUCUUCCGUUGACAUCAAUGGAUGAUUUACUUAAGGGUCAAAAGUUAAACUCGUGCAACUCGAGUUAGGAUUUGGCAUAUUGUCUCUGCAAGGUGUCCCAGUGCUAACGGUGUGUGUCUCCAGGUAUCCUGCCCCGUAGCUGGUGCCGCUACACCGUGCCCGCCUCCAUGACUGUCAUCCAGUGGGUGGCCGACUUCAGCGAGCGUGUCAAACAGCUGCAGGCUAUCUCCCAGGGAGCCGCCAGCGGGGGCGCUAAGGAACUCAAGGUGUUCAUCUGACCUCUAUAUUAAAGGGACGGGUUCCUGACAUUGGAAGACCUAAGUGGAUUUGGUGUUGCCUUAAAAUGAUUCCAUGAACGUAGACGGCCAGUUUGCCUAAUUCGUUAGGUUAGAAUAUUGCUAAUGUUAGCAUCCCAUUGGAUUUUAUUCAUUCAAGUCUGAAUGAAUUUAACUACUUUCAAAGAAGUCCAUGAACAAUUUGUCACUUUUUAGAGUUAGAAAUAAAGCCACUCUGGAAGCUAUCCCAUUAAUGGGUGAUUUGCAAUGAAUUGAUACCAUAAUUGACCCAGGAACUUGACAUUGGACAACGGUAUUGGACUCUUAAGCAGUAGUGUUACCCAUAAUAACUCUCCACCCACUCUGAAUCAAUGUUAUUUUCCCCUUUCCUGUCCAGAACAUCCAUGUGUGCCUAGGCAGCCUGUUUGUCCCCGAGGCCUACAUCACGGCCACCCGUCAAUACGUGGCCCAGGCCAACAGCUGGUCCCUGGAGGAGCUGUGUCUGGAGGUCAACGUCACCACCGCCCAGGGGGCCGCGCUCGACGCCUGCAGCUUCGGCAUCAAAGGUCUGCUCUCUGUCUAUAUUAGUGUACAGUACCAGUCAGGGCAUUGGGGAUUCUCACCAGAAAGCAAGAAUUACAAACACCAGCUACUUUUUAAUAUAGUUAUGGUUUGGCUGUGAUCAUCCAGGGCUGGUUUCCUGGACCCAUAUUAAGUCUAGUCCUGGAUUAAAAGACAUUCUCAAUGGAAAAUCUCCAUCGACGGUGUUUAAUUUAUCCAAUAUACAUGAUCAACCUAAGUGACCUUCACGAACCCCUCUUUCUCCCCGACAGGUCUGAAGCUGCAGGGAGCCACCCACGGCAACAACAAGCUGUCUCUGUCCAACGACAUCUCCACGGAGUUGCCGCUGACUCAGCUGCGCUGGGUGAAGCAAUUGAGUGCCGAGAAGAAGCACAUGGUACGUCUCAGAGCCACGCAGAAUAUCGUGUAUGGUACAUGGGAAUGCACAGAUGUGAAGUUUGAGCUCAAUACAACACUUUAUGCCCUCAGGGGUAUUGCCAGAUUAGAAAUAUCAAUUUUCUCCACAUAUAAUAGACCAGACCUCACAUUCCCUUCAAUACGUCCGAUAGAUGGUUCAUAGUGUGUUGGGAGCUAGUCCUAGUCAUUCUCCAAAUACCUUGAACAUUGUGUACUGUUCCCUGUUCCCACAGGUCACUCUGCCCGUGUAUCUGAACUUCACCAGAGCCGAUCUCAUCUUCACCGUGGACUUUGACAUCGCCACCAAGGAAGACCCUCACAACUUCUACGAGCGUGGAGUGGCAGUGCUCUGCACAGAGUAGACUCCUCUCACCAGGAGACUGGGGAAUUUGUUUUAUUCAUCAUUCCUAUUAAUCACUUCGUAGUGUAGUCCACUUAUGAAACGUAGUCUUUAGGGUAAUGUAGUCCAUACAAAAUGUAGUUAGUCAAGUAACUAGUGGGAGAAGUAAAAUUUGAAUUUAACAUGUCAUUGGGAAGUGAAGAAAGUCUGAGUAAUGUAGUCAGUUGGAUUGUGAAUAGAAAGUGAAGUUGGAAGAAGGUGAAAAUGAUUUUUUACGAAGGAAUCAGUAUGUUUUUAUGAUGGCGUAAAGAUGUUGGUUAAUGACAUGUAAAAUAAAGUAUCAAUGAUUUAACCGUUUGCUGGUUAUUAAAUGGCUAACAGUAACCGACUACCCAGUUUUAUUUUUACUUAUGGUCUAUGAUUUCACUGUUAAAGCUUGACCAAGAAUAGCACACCGAGCCAGUGUGCAAUUACCAUAUUGCUGCUUACUUACGUUCACCUGAAAAU